GCCUGAUCUUCAGAAGACACAUUGAGGAGGGAUUGGGACGGUCCCCUGGGUGCUUUGACUGAUUGCUGAAUUCAAAUCCUGCACAGAGGUAAGCCAUCUCUAGCUGGUAAUGCUAAAUGGAAGUUAAGGGGACCUUCCUGGCAAAAACAUCCUUACAUUUUAUUAAAUGGGCAGCUGGGACUUGUGCAAAUGCCGUGUACUCUGCUAGGCUGCAAUGGCUUAACUUACUAGGAAAUUUUAUAUCACCUUUAGAUUACUACAUGAGUUCAUACUUCUGAUUGGUAAGGGGUUUAUUAAUAUUUGGGGGGUUCCCCCAGGAUCUCGCUUUAGUGCUACAUUUGUAAUCGCAGGUCUGUAUAUUGCAUGUAAUUAGUAGUAUGCACAGUGCCAUUUUACAGGUGUUUAACCCAAUUCUCUGACAGCUGGUACAGCCUUCUGCUCUUUAUAACCAUGGAGCAGUGACACCCCGAAAAGUCAAUAUGAUUUAUUCACGCCUUUUCACUAUUCCACAUAAUGUGCUUUAUAUGGAAGGUGACCAGAUAUCUGCUGUUACUAGGUCUGAUUAUAUAAAGAGAUACACUAUGGAUGUACAGCUGUUAGAAGCAUCCUUUCUUAAAGACACAGUAUCUGUACCUUGCAGAUAUUGUUAGUUUCUAUAUGUGAGUAAGACUUACAGGCGAUUAAUUAAAGUGGGAAGUGUUAGAAAUUCUAAGUGAAUUUCAGAAUUUAGAAAAACAAAAAUAGCAUAGCUCACUAUUUUGACCUUAAAUUUCAAUUUCUGACAGUUCUAACAGAGAAUAACCCAUUCAGUUUGCAGACAUAUUAGGACCAUGAGAUGCAUUAACCUUUUAUCAUACAGAAUUAAAGUGAUCCAUCGAUGCAGCCUAUUCAAAUUGUUAUUUCUACUUAAAAUUCUAACUUCAUAAUAAACUCACCAUUUACCAAAUAAAAUCCCAUGGCUUUUUGUAGUCCAAUUCCAAAGUAAUUGCAAAUUGCGCUAAAUGUAAAUGAUACACACUCUGGAUUCCAUAAGCUCACAAAAUCAUGUUUACAUAUCACUUUACAAAUAAUAUUAUGUUAUACAGCGAUUAACUGAAUUCCUUGAAAUCUGAGCUGUGCUCAGAUUCAGUCUGCCAUAACAGCAAGAUGGCCGCUUAUAGGCAACUAAGCUGGCUGUUCCUGGAUCUAUCACAGGAUAGCUACUGUGUUCAAUAUAAAGGUUGGUAACCAAAGACUAUAUGCAAUAAAUGCUGAGCAUUAUGGGAAAUCUUGUUCACAAACAGGUUCGCCAAGCAUUUGUUAAGUAUAAAGUGUUUUUUUUUCAGGGUUGAUUAACUAAGAAGGGGAUUACACAUUUAGACCACACAAGCAGAGAAAGGUGCCGACUACAAUACAUUUUUCAGUUUGGCUAUUUUCCUAAAGUUCGGAGAAUAAUUCAUUUCUAACGCCAGUGUCUGAUCUGAGAACAAAACUUACCUAAUAAAAUGUAUACAUACAAUAGAAAUAUGGAACAGUGUAGAAUUAAAGCAACAUUUUAGUUUUUUUAGGAUAUUUACAAAUAUAGUUGUAGCUGAAAAUAUGUAUUAAAGAAUACUUUCAGCUUUAGUUUAGAAUUAGACUCUAAACGCCAUAAACACAACAGUUUAAUAUCACAGUGACAUUUCGUAUUGCCCUUACAAUCUUUGCAGAAUAUAUUGCAUUCACUCAAAUAACUGUGACAUGGAAAACCUGAAGGGAUCCUUUAUCUUUGAUCAGAUUAGGCCAUUCACAUUUUAUUUUCUGUCUGUAGACAUGAAUCCAAGAGGGGGUAGUACACAAAACACCUUAAUCACUAUCACAAGGUGGUGUCACUUUGUGCUGUGUAUAUUGAUGUUACCACGGCAACAUGUACAAUUCUAGUGACUGAUUGUAACUAGGCCAAGAUUUCUCAACCUGUUGUACUUUUAAGCAACUUCCCAUUCUUUAUUAUUGUAAUGCACAGAGUCUGUUAGGAGGUAGAGGUCAUCUCUCUGCCCUCUCCAGCACUGAGCAACAUAACACUAAAUGCAGGUGUUUAGCAUAAAUAACAAAUAGUAAAUUAGUUUUAAUUCCAACUGCAAGCAGGCAAUGAUUGACAAUUAAAGCUGAAUUCUGAGAAAAGUCAGAAUUUUAUUGUAAAUGGAGCUAUGGUCAAACAAUAGUCACAUAUAUUAUUAUUAUCGCCAUUUAUAUAGCGCCAACAGAUUCCGUAGCGCUUUACAGUAUUAUGAGAGGGGGGAUUUAACUAUAAAUAGGACAAUUACAAGAAAACUUACAGGAACAAUAGGUUGAAGAGGACCCUGCUACAGCCUAUAGAAGGGUCCCUUACAUGCAUCGUAUAAGCGUACAACGCACACUCCACCCAUAUUGAUAUUUAACAUCGGUUCAAGUGUUUGACUGGUAUGCCUAAAUCUCCGUCAGUUGUAUUUACUAAAGUUAGAAUUCAGGUAAAUUUCACAUAUAAAGGAACACUAUAGGGUUAAUAAUGCAAACAUGUAUUCCGGACAUAUAGUGCUAAAACACUAUUUAGCCUCCCCUUCUUAAAUAUAGUUAAAAAACACACAUUAUUUCCAGCACCAGCAAGUCUGCAGAGACUCACUAUACUUACCAGAACAACUACAAAUAAGAUGUAUACUAUAUAAUAAGAUGUAUACUAUAUACUGUGAAGAAAUCCCCUCUUUUAUGUGCAAUAUUUCUUCCCUAUUCAUUCGGUAAAUAUAACUACCGAACAGAGACCACCUCCCUGGCUCGUUAAAACUUCAAAGAAUGCCUCAAUUGAACCCUCUAUCUGUGCAGCCGGCGUUCGUACUACCGAACGCCACGUGGCUGAGAAAACGGCGGCCAUCUUUUUUCAUGCGAACAAAGGCAGCGGGACUUGGUCGUCAAAUGUCUGGAACUAAAAUGGGAUACUCGACUUCCCGAACACCGUUCUCAACAAAAACGAACGCUGGAUCUUUAUUUCCCAAACAGUUAGAAGAGCGCUCUUCGGUACUUUUGUGCAUUCGAAUGAGGGGAACAAGAGCCAGGGGAAUCCAUUCGUGGAAUUAUUCGUUUUUUGCCACUUAACUGAACAGACCAGCAAAACCACUCAAACUCCUGGAACUAUUUUGGGCAGCCACCUCGCGGUUAGCCGGUCACAAAAGACUUCCAUACUUUUUGAGAACCCCUGAACCGAUCUGGGUGAAAUUUGAAUAUGUUGGUCACCCAGAUAUCUAUCAGGGGACAUAUUGUUUGUGGGGAUACCCCAUGCCUAAAGGGGUGUUCUGAAUAUUGGGAACAUUUUUAAUUUUUCUGCCUGGAGAUAAUCAAGUUCUAACUUUAUCAGACUUGAUUAUCUCCAGGACUAGGAGAGGGAAUUGUAUGUUUGUGCUGGGUGUGUUUUACAGUUUUCCUGUAAAUGAUUGGUUAUACUGUGUCCCUCCCUGUGGGAUGUCCCCUUGCAUGGGGACUUGCAUAAAAGCCAGUGUGUGGUCAUUAAAAGCCAGUUCUGUUGUCCCCUUCUUCUUGACUUCGGCUGAUGUUUGGGGAUUUGUAUGCUUUAUUAAGGAAAUCAUCUUGUAAAGCUAUUGUGUUCGUGUGGAUUUAGUUUAUUUCAUCUUCCGAACGGAGAGCUAUAAUCACUCAUGCUCUGGCUAUGAGUAUGAGUGAAUGAGGAUUGGAUAUACUAGGUUUCCUUACAUAUACUAUAUAAUAAGCUGUAUACUAUAUAUUAAGAUGUAUACUAUAUAAUAAGAUUGCAUACUAUAUAAUAAGCUGUAUACUGUAUACUAUAUAAUAGGAUGUAUACUACAUACUAUACUUUGUAAUAAGCUGUAUAAUUUAUAGUAAGAUUGUAUACUAUAUACCCCCCUGUUCUCUAUCUGUCUCUAUAACUGACCCCCCUGUUCUUUAUUUGGGGCCCUAUAACUGACCCCCCUGUUCUGUGUCUUUAUAACUGACCCCCUGUCCUGUAUUUGGGGCCCUAUAACUGACCCCCCUGUCCUGUAUUUGGGGCCCUAUAACUGACCCCCCUGUCCUGUAUUUGGGGCCCUAUAACUGACCCCCCUGUUCUCUAUCUGUGUCUUUAUAACUGACCCCCUUUCCUGUAUUUGGGGCCCUAUAACUGACCCCCUGUCCUUUAUUUGGGGCCCUAUAACUGACCCCCCUGUUCUCUAUCUGUGUCUUUAUAACUGACCACCCUGUCCUGUAUUUGGGGCCCUAUAACUGACCCCCCUGUUCUCUAUCUGUGUCUUUAUAACUGACCCCCCUGUCCUGUAUUUGGGGCCCUAUAACUGACCCCCCUGUCCUGUAUUUGGGGCCCUAUAACUGACCCCCCUGUUCUCUAUCUGUGUCUUUAUAACUGACCCCUGUUUCCUGUAUUUGGGGCCCUAUAACUGACCCCCCUGUCCUGUAUUUGGGGAUCUAUAACUGACCCUGUCCUGUGUUGGGACUCUCUUGACCCCCGUCCUGUAUUUGGGGCCUAUAGCAGCCCCCUAAUACCAGCCGGGGAUCUAUAGCUGACCCUGUCCUGUGGGGCCCUAGCUGGCCGUCCUGUAUUUGGGGCCUAUAUUUGACCCCCCUGUCCUGUAUUUGGGGAUCUAUAGCUUUGACCCCCUGUCCCUUGUAUUUGGGGCCCUAUAUUUGACCCCUGUCCUGUAUUUGGGGGACUAGCUGACUUAGUCCUUUCAUGUUGGGGCCUAUAACUGGUGUCCUGUAUUUGGGAUCUAUAACCCCCCUGUCCUGUAUUUGGGGCCCUAUGGCAGCCCCCCACAAUGUCUGUGUUGGGGCCCCUCUCUUGGCCCCCUCUCCCCCCCUCUGUAUUUGGGGCCCUGUAACCCCUGACCCCCUGUCCUGUAUUUGAGGUCCUAUGUGGCCCCCCCUGUGUCCUGUAUUUGGGAUCCUAUAUAACUGACCCCCUGUCCUGUGUUGGGGAUCUUCUCUUGACCCCCUGUCCUGUGUUGGGGCCCUAUAACUUGUCCCCUGUCCUGUAUUUGGGGCCUCUUGUCCCUGUCCUGUGUUGGGGCCCUAUAACUGUCCUGUAUUUGGGGGCCUAAACUGACCUGUCCACUGUGUUGGGGUCUAUAUAACUGACCCCCUGUCCUGUAUUUGGGGCCCUAUAACUGACCCCCUGUCCUGUAUUUGGGGAUCUAUAACUGACCCCCUGUCCUGUGGGGCCCUAUAACUGAGCCCCCUGUCCUGUAUUUGGGCCCUAUAACCCCCCGUCCUGUAUUUGGGCCCUAUAACUGACCGUCCUGUAUUUGGGGCCCCUAUAACCCCCCUGUCCUGUAUUUGGGGCCCUAUAACUGACCCCCCCUGUCCUGUAUUUGGGGUCCUAUAACUGACCCCCCUGUCCUGUAUUUGGGGCCCUAUAACUGACCCCCCCUGUCCUGUAUUUGGGGUCCAAUAAGUGCCCCCCUCCAUCCUCCAUCAUCCUGUAUCUAAACCAUUUAUCGCUCCCUCCCGUGAGACCCAGUUUGGGGCCCUCCAUCUCUCUGGGGCCCAUGUGCUCCGGCUCUGCCCACCCAUCCCGUGUGGCUCAGCGGCCGGUCCUGCCUGCGGGGUGGGCGGUACAGGCCGAAUCCCCGGGUUGGAGUAGAUUUUGCCGCCGAGCUCAGUGCCCCGCCCCGGGCUGUGUGUGACGGCGGCACUGGGGGGGUCGGGGAGCUGCCGGUGAUGGAGAGAGACCAACCGGAUCGGGCAGGAGAAUACACGGCGGGUAAACGGAGCCCCUGACCAUAAUAAUAACAAUAUAAUAAUAAUAUAAUAAUAAUAAUAUAAUAAUAAUAAUAAUAAUAUAAUAAUAAUAAUUUAAUAUAAUAAUAACUGGAGAUAAUGAAAUUUACUGCGCACACUGACUGUAUACCGCGCGCACUGACUGUAUACCGCGCUCACUGACUGUAUACCGAGCGCACUGACUGUAUACCGCGCGCACUGACUGUAUACCGAGCGCACUGACUGUAUACCGAGCGCACUGACUGUAUACCGAGCGCACUGACUGUAUACCGCGCGCACUGACUGUAUGCCGAGCGCACUGACUGUAUACCGAGCACGCUGACUGUAUACCGAGCGCACUGACUGUAUACCGAGCGCACUGACUGUAUACUGCUCACACUGACUGUAUACCGCUCUCACUGACUGUAUACCGCGCGCACUGACUGUAUACCGCGCUCACUGACUGUAUACCGCGCUCACUGACUGUAUACCGCGCGCACUGACUGUAUACCGCGCGCACUGACUGUAUACCGCGCUCACUGACUGUAUACCGAGCGCACUGACUGUAUACCGCGCGCACUGACUGUAUGCCGAGCGCACUGACUGUAUACCGAGCGCGCUGACUGUAUACCGAGCGCACUGACUGUAUACCGAGCGCACUGACUGUAUACUGCUCACACUGACUGUAUACCGCUCUCACUGACUGUAUACCGCGCGCACUGACUGUAUACCGCGCGCACUGACUGUAUACCGCGCUCACUGACUGUAUACCGAGCGCACUGACUGUAUACCGCGCGCACUGACUGUAUGCCGCGCGCACUGACUGUAUACCGAGCGCACUGACUGUAUACCGAGCACGCUGACUGUAUACCGCUCACACUGACUGUAUACCGAGCGCACUGACUGUAUACUGCUCACACUGACUGUAUACCGCUCUCACUGACUGUAUACCGCUCACACUGACUGUAUACCGAGCGCACUGACUGUAUACCGAGCGCACUGACUGUAUACCGCUCUCACUGACUGUAUACCGAGCGCACUGACUGUAUACCGCUCACACUGACUGUAUGCCGAGCGCACUGACUGUAUACUGCUCACACUGACUGUAUACCGAGCGCACUGACUGUGUAUACCGCUCACACUGACUGUAUACCGAGCGCACUGACUGUAUACCGCUCACACUGACUGUAUACCGAGCGCACUGACUAUAUACCGAGCGCACUGGCUGUAUACCGGGCGCACUGACUGUAUACUGCACACACUGACUGUAUGCCGAGCGCACUUACUGUAUGCUGAGCGCACUGACUGUAUGCCGAGCGCACUGACUGUAUACCGCGCGCACUGACUGUAUACCGCGCGCACUGACUGUAUACCGAGCGCACUGACUGUAUACCGCGCGCACUGGCUGUAUACCGAGCGCACUGACUGUAUGCCGCUCGCACUGACUGUAUACUGCACACACUGACUGUAUACCGAGCGCACUGACUGUAUGCCGCGCACACUGACUGUAGGCCGCACACACUGACUGUAUCCUUUACACACUGAUUGUGUACCUCACCCAGUGAUUUUAUACUUUGCACAGAGCUUGUAUACCUCACCCAGGGAUUGUAUCCUUCACCCAGGGAUUUUGUACCUCAAACAGGGUUUGUGUGCUUCACAUAGAGAUUGUAUAACCCAUGUACUGAUUGGAUACUUCAUACACUGGAAAGACAAUCUGUGUAUAUGUAUGUAUAAGUUGUAUAUUAUAAUCCUGUACAGAAAACUGCCAUAUAGGCCCAGGAUUUGUUUUGUGCAUCAGUACUCAUACACAACGAUAUCUUUUCAAGGUUUUCACACAUCACUAUUAUACUAUAGUAUCACUACUGUGUGGCAGGCUACCGGUGCGUGUACUACCGCAUUAUAUGUGAACCAGCACACGCAUCUUCUGGGUGCGCAAGAAUAAGUGGAGUCAAUAGCAAAAUAGACACAGACUAUAAAUAUUAACCUCUUGCUCAUUCAGGUGCCUUGUUGUGCUAUCUUGUAAUCCCAGUAGUAUUAUAAUGUAUCUUUGGUAUUUUGACACGGCUUUGACUUUGCUUGUUCUGCUUUCUUUAACUUUGACUCAGCUUGUUGUCUCCAAUACCCGAUAUCUUGUUUCGUUCCUCGAUCGUCAUAUUUGCCUUUCUAUACGAUACAGUACAUGCUUUCUAGUAUAUAUAGUUAUAAUAAUAACUCAAACUCUGUGUGUUGGGUGUAAGUGGUUACAGAUGGAUUCUAGAGCCCACUAUCGAUCCAUUGCCCCUAUAACACCUUAUUGCAAAACACUAAGUGCCCUCUAAUAUUCAGAACGUUUGAGCACCCAGAACACGUUUCUGAACUGGUUUGCUGCUGCAGAUAAUAUGACCUGGAUGAGAAUAUAAUUCUCAGAAAGCAUCAAAUGGCAUAUGCAAAUUGUUUUCCCGGACCUGCGUCACCCCAGAGCCGAUACCUUAAGUCAAGUUUUGCCUAUUCUUCGUCAUCAAUACUGAACUAUUUUAUUGAAUUCCCAGUGGCUGCUAUCCUUAUGCCAGGGCCCAGGAGUGAGAUGCCCUAUAGCCGGUUAAGUCAAUAGACGCUGGCCGCGUACCUACCCUCAUCAUGCUUGUCAUGUCAGCUGCCUUGGAUACCGUUAGCUGUAAUAUGUUUGUGAGCCAAUUGGAACGUGUGGGAGAGGUAAAGGAAUGUGCUAUGCAAUGGCUCCAAUUCUUUUUGGAAGGUUGUAGCCAAUGGGUGGUGAGUGGCCAUUUUUCACCAGAGUGUAAGCUUCUGGGGCAUCCUGCAUUCAUAAACUGGAUCCAGCUGACCUCACUACCAGCUCUGUAUGUUCUGCUUUGACAGCAGUCUAAACCUGCACGCUGUGGUCUCUUUAAUGUUUAAAGUUAAAUAAUACUGUCUAAGCUCCCUUAGAGAUCUACAGCCAUUACUAUCUGUGCCAGUCUCGGAAUGAAUGAUCCACGCAUUCAUCUUCACACACCUUGACUGUUCAAGUGCCCUAUGCACAUCUCUGAGACUCUUUACAGGGAAUGAAGAAAUGUACAGUAAAUCAACCCCUUAAGGACACAUGACAUGUGUGACAUGUCAUGAUUCCCUUUUAUUCCAGAAGUUUGGUCCUUAAUUGGUUAAGAAAAUGUACAGAAUCCUGUGAUGUUCGCAGUAACUGUGUCAGUGCUGGUACAAUGCAAUGACUACCUGGAAAUGAUCACGUUGGGCUGUGUCACUAAGCAGAGAGUACCAUUCACCCCUAAACUUCCUAUGAUUUGACAUGGGUGUGCAGUGAGUCCGUGUCCAGUCACAUUCUCCCAAUCGGCCAUUUUUCUCUUUCUCAUGUGCCAGAGUAUAAAACGGAGUCUGUGGAAGAUCAGUUGAGACCACGGUUCUUCCAUAGAUAAUAUUGUGCAUGCGCGAUACGGCAAUACGAUCUGAUUGUGAGAUAAUACCUGAUCCCAUUAGCCAUCGCCACGAUUUUGUGAAUGAUUGCCAAAGGUUUCCAAUUUAAUGAGACAAUAUACUCGCUAUGUAUAUCUGAUGAUUGCACAGACAUAAAGAAGUUUGGAUGAAGAUUGUGUCUUCCUGAAAAUCCCAGUAGUGACAGUACCACUGUGGUUUAUAUAAGCACACACUAUCUGACAUGCUUUGUUUAUGUACAUAAUUAACUGUUUCACUGCUGGAGGGUUGUCCAGGCAUUCCACAAAAUGUCAUAAACUGAAAUGGUCUGAAGGCAGAUUCUUGAAGUUUAGGGUCGCCAUGGUUACAGUAACACAUCCCCUGCUGUGCACGUCCCCAGCCACAGGGUCCUAGAGCCCUCCCGUGCUUUGUCAACAGAUCCUCCUUACAGUGUGUAGUGUUUAAAUCUGCAUCUGCAUUACAGCUCUCAUCAGUCUGUGCCGAAAAUAUGGGCAGUUUUAGUUUUCUUUACUUACCUCCUUUAAUCAAGACAUUAUUUAGUUUUAUUGUAGAUACAGAGGUAUCUGGUGCUCUAUUGUACUGCGCUGUGGAAUUUGUUGGCGCUAUAUAAAUAAUAAUAAUAAUAUAUGUAGUUCUGAAUCUUUAUACAAGUUAUAAUACAUUAGUUCUAUCCUGUUUAUACUAUUAUUAUUAUUAUUAUUAUUACAUACACAAUGCCUCGAACGGGUUAUUCAAAGUGAGAAUUCAAGGUGAGUUUCAAAUUUAAGGUCGAAAUUGCCAAACAGGAAAAAUCAGGAAUCAGCUAUGCUUUCCGUUCGGCUACUCUGGCCUUAAAUCUGAAAUUCACUUUGAAUUCUGACUUUAGUGAAUAAUCCUGUUAGUGUUUUAUUCUAUUAUUCUGAUUGUUUUAGUUUUAUUUUAAUUAGUAAAUCUAGGGAGAUGCAGAGUGUGCAGGUGGGUUCUGGGGACAGGAGGUGAAUUAAUAGAAGGUUAUAUUGUGUCAGUUCAGUGCUUUCUCAGGCAGGGGGCGUUUGCCCUGUUUGAUGGGAAUUGAUCAGAUAUUUGAAUGAAGUACCAUGGGGGGGAGAGACACUUGCUGCUGGUCUCUAAGGGAGGAGGAGAAAAGGAGAUUUAAUGGUAAUCUGGGUGCUCUGUCUGCUGGUUCACAGUUACCGAGGGAGGAGACCUGUUGCCCAUGAAUUGCUAGGAAAUCUGGGUGUAUGAUUCUCAUCAUUCAUUUUCUGAGGCUCCUAGUGUGGGGUCUCCUGUACCCAUGAACCCCCGAGAGGAGACCCUAGACUCCACUGAGCAGAGGCUGGAGGCAGUCAUAGAGGUUGGUGAUUUUCUUUGGGGGGUGGGAACGUCUAUAUGCUGAGACUCUAUAAGUACACAGCAGUGGGAAAGUAUAGGAGCUUUCGUUUUCAAUCUGAGGUCCAUAAAGUCCUGUUUUUAAUUGUGUUCAGAAAGAGAAAUGUAGGAUUGAAGGGGACUUGUACACACCCCCUUUGUAGGUCUAGGAAAAGCAUGUGCACCAUUCACACAAAAGUACCCCCAUAUCUUCAAUACCCAGCUUCCAAAAAAUAUCCCAGCCUCUGAAAAAUAGCCACGACAUAGCUUGAUAAGGAAUAUAUCAUUUUUUCGACUGAUAGUUUAUUUUUUAUUGUUUUGUAUAUUUUUCUUUAACCUUUAAGCACUAACAGUUUUAAAAAAUGUACUUAGUUUUAGGAUCUAGUUUAGAAUAUAUUGUUCUCCGUCGUGUAGGAUUCUUAAUGCUCUGAUUGCAUCUUACAUUGCUAUAAUAUCAUUUACAGUGUCUGCAUGUUUCAGACAAUGUUUUUUGUUUUUAUUUUUUAUUUUUUUAACCUAUUAACCCCUUGAGUGCCAGUCCGCAGCUACAGCUCAGGCAGUUAAUAGAAAAAUAAAGCAUAAUUUCCCAAUUACAAAUUACAAAUCUUUUAUCAACUCAAACUUUUAAGAAUCCUGCUCAAGAAAAUCCCAUUUUGCAGCAGGGUCGUCCGGUAUUCUGGAUCGAGUUACAGAAAAAUAAUAAACCUAUGAAUUUUGUGUGAUUCAUUAUACGUGUAAGAGUUUUCAUGCAGUUGUAGAUUGCGAAUGGUAUUUUCUGGGAUUUGGGACAGUCAUUCCACUCUGUAGCUGAGCUAAUUUUCCAAUGCAGCAAAACGCUUAAAUAAUUAAGGGAAAUUAUUGCACAUAGCCAUUUAGGUGUUAAAUCACUUUGUUAAUGCAGCCCUAGUCACACCUCCCCUACACGUGAUUCACAGAAUCUCCAUACACUUCCUGUAAAGAGAGAUCUAAUGUUUACACUUUCUUUAUUAUACAGUGUGUUUAAUUUAAAAUUUAAUAUCUGCUGCUCUGGUUAUAGCCUGCUAGAGGCUCCUGAGUGUGAUUAAAGUUCAAUCAACAGAAGAUAAAAAACAACUUUUAAGUUAAACACACUGUGCUAUCACAUCUGAUUGAAAAUUAAACAAUUUUUUCAUGUUGGCUUUGUGAGUUACAGCCACGGGAGGCAUGAUCUACCAUGACACCUAUACCAAAACUUUAUUCAUUCAUUGCUUCAUUGAGUUAAAGUUGUUUUGGUGCUCAGUGUAAGAUAUGAAUGAUGCCUUUCCUUUCUAUGUGUUUCUAUUUAUAUGAAUUAGUGUGCUACCAUUUGACACUAGUGAGAGAGUGGCCACAGGUCUUCUUAUUUAUUAACAAGAGGUCUGAAGUACGAGCCCUAGUGUUGUUCUCUAUACAUUCAUUGGCUUACUCAUUGCAUGUUUCCCUCCUGUUACAGAAACUGUCCCUCCGGGUCCUGAGCUCUCCAGAACAGAAGGGACUUACUAUCCGUGGAGACUCGACCAACCCACUUCCUGCCCGUCUGCCGGCUCGAAUACGAGAGAUUGUCACCAGGAACCUUAGCCUGCCGCAAGGCCCAGGUGAGUCUGUCUUAAUGUCACGGCUGGUCAGUGACUGAUAUACCAGUUUGCACAAGGAUUUAGGAUACCUGUGUGUCUCCCUAGAGUACUGACAACUUAAUUUGAAUAGAGUUCCAGCUGCUAGGUCUAAGUCUCUUAGCUCAGCAUCCACAGCCUAUAAUUGCCAUCCAGGGUCAGAAUAUUCAGAUAGAAAAUAUAUUAUUUGGACUGACGCUAGAGACCGUUUUUUCUGUGGGUGCCAUUCUUUUAGCCACACUUUUUGUCAUACCACUCGAAAUUGAUUUGGUAGACAACACAGGGAGGACAGCAUCCAUACACUUUAUCUCUUUAACAGAAACCGUGAGUUGUAGUGGUUGUGGUGAUUAGAAUGCUCUUAUUAUUAGAUAUGUUCUUGGUCUGCCAUGGGCAGAUAGCGCAGUAGGCUGUAUGUAUAUUAGGUGGGAUUGUAACUCCCAAAGUAAAAUGUGGCCAAACUACACUUCCAUGGAUGGCAGCAACAUUUACCUACAAAUUCUAAAUGAUUUGUCUGCAAUAUUAUCUUGUGUGAACUAUCUGUAUCUUUUAGUCUGUUAUCCUCGAUGGGCUUAUGUCACUACCCAGGCUUGUCAUUAAAAUGCAUGGCCCAUGGAGUAUAUCCUGAAGGGACAUGUUCAUCCUUAUGUGCUUUGAUCAAGGACCUCCUGAGUCAGUAGUGAACAUUUUCACACAUUUCAGUAAAAGGUGGGACGAAAUCUGGAGAAAAUGUUUUGUUUUUUUUCAAAAGCCUUUCUGAAAUCAAGUCGCUUACCUUACAAAUUCUUGGCUGGAUGUGGUGUCAGUGGCUGUCUGGACUGGUCUUUCUGUAAAUCUAUUGUACAACAUGUAAGGGUAUAAUUGACCAGACACUUUCUAAACGUUACCUUGCAGGUCACCCUGAAGACAUGUCUUCUCUUCUGUCCCUUCAAGAAGAAAAUCGCAUCCUACAGCAAGAGCUCUCGCGGGUGGAAGAUCUGCUGGCUCAGAGCCGCGCUGAGAGAGAUGAACUGGCCAUCAAAUACAAUGCAAUCAGUGAGAGGGUAUGUCUGUCAUACAGAAAGCAGCAAAGCACUUAGGGUUCAUUCUUUAAUAAAGCGAAUUAAAAAUCUAAGGUCAUAGUAGCCGAACUAGAAAAAAAUCUCUAAGUCAGCUAUUCUUUCAGUUUGGCUACUCUGGCCUUAAAUAUGAAAUUCACUUUGAAAUCUCACUUCAGUAAAUAAACCUGUUAGUUUUAGUUUGUUGGAAGCCUGGCGAGCAGAUCGUCGCUCAGCUUUACUAUAGCAACCUUUAUCCGUGUAACUUCUGAUUGUUAAGGGGUGCAAACCAUCCUGGCAUUCCAAUGGUUAAAUAUGCAAUAAAAAUGGCAUUGGUUUUCCACUGUGUACUUUAACAGCCAUUGUUUACAUUUACCCUCUGGGAGCCUUCCUAGUUGUUGGAGCUGGUUCCUUGUAUUGGAUUGCACAGCAUUUCUGAACACUAUUUCCUGCUAAUUGUGUCCAUGCUGCAGAAAGCAGUGAUUUGAAAUUGAAAACAGAAUUGUUAACUUUUGGCUGAAUUUGCAGAGUUGUGAGAAAUCUCUGAUCGUUCUCACACGUGGCCUAAAAUUUGCAAGACAGUUGAGAAUAGUAAGAGUUACCACUGAUGGAUUGCUCCAAUUACAGGCCGCUGGAGUAGGGUUUUCUAAUUAACAUUUGUAUUUGACGGGUGAUUAAGGCACAUCUCACUUCGUUCCUCACCCAGCACAUCUCUUUUAUCCCUGUGAAUCCCAUGUGGGCCCAGUCAAGUCCAGGCAUGCUGUGGGCAGUGAGCUGCGCUGUGCAGGCUCAGACCUGCCUCUGUUAAUAUGUCCUGUCUAUGGAGUGGGUCACCACUGACCUGGGGUUAGGGAUGGAAUAUAAUGAGUUUGCACACCCUGUGCCAAGCGCAUUAUGACUCUGACAGAAUAGUCCCAUUUGAAAUCUAAGCCACAUCUGAACACUCUUCACAAACAUAUCCAGUGCUACAUUCUCUUACAGCAGUGUAUGCAAGCAUUGUCUCUUUUCACAGCACGUUGCAAAAUAUUAUCUCUCAGUAAACUUUCAAUACCAUUACCUCCUUUCCAGUGAGAGCAGUCAUUCUUCCUUUUCCAACACUGACCAAGAGCCUGCAGUGCUCUCUGUGCACAGUGAUACUGAAUAGCAGGAGGAAAUGGGGAGACUCUGGGCACACAUUGGGGUAUAUGUGCAGCCUGGGGGGAGCUGUGAAAUACAGACACAUCGUUUUAGCCAGGCAACACCGUUUACUCUGUCUGUAUUCAGUUGGCACUUGGGGCAUUUAAGAGCUUUUGGCCAUUUUUAAUAAUGUCAUUUUCUCUGUGUUCUUAAACUGUAUAUGUGCGCAUACACUUAUUUUUAGGAACGUGCAUUGUAAUAUCAUUAAAACCAUAUAUUCUCUAGCUCUUUAUUAACCCCCGUAUUUGUUCAAGGAUAAAACCGCUCCAUUUGACCUAAUUCAACCAAUACAGUCCCUGGUUGCAAAACAUGGCAGCAAUUUCAAAAUCCAGUUAGAAAAAGCAACGUUUGGAUUUUCAGUUCCAAGAGACUUGUUUUCUUAUUGGAGCUGAAACUUUAAACUUGCGUUUUCAGUGACUUGGCAUAAUUAAUCACUGCAUUCACAAUGAAUGCUGGCAGAUCAUAUGCAUUGAUGCAAUGUCGCUGUCCUAGAGAAUCCUGGGAAUUCUAAUGUACACGGACUCUCCUGUCUGUGCUGUGUCCACUGGCAUGCUGUGUGUGAGUUUUAUUGAAUAAAGAAUAAAUCACAGAUAAUCGUCACUACUGUAAAAAUGGUAAUAUCUCACUGUCCAUGUCCAGAAAGGAUUGCAUUAAUGUAAAGUGUUUUUAUCUGUACAGGUAACAUGCUACUUUAAUCUGUGAAUGCAGCUCAGUCUGUGUCAUACAGGACUAUUUACCAAAGUAAAUGUCAAUUGUAAGGCCAAAGUAGCCAAACUGGGAGUGUAGCCGUCUUAAGACUCACGUUGAAUUCUCACUUUAGUGAGUUAUCCUGCUAGUGUAUUAUCCUGCCCCCCUGUUUGUCCUCUUUUUGUCUCUGCCAGGGACCAGGAAAAUGGUUUGAAUGGAUGGUCACCAUGGUGACAGUUGUCUGGGAUAUGGUAAACUUUGGUUAUUCGGAGCCUGUGUGUCCUAUACUAAGGGACAAUAGGAAUUCAUUCAUGAGAUCCCAAAGCCUUUGUAGCAGCAGCUGCUCUAAAAAGCUGGACUGGGGCUGGGGUGUCCCGAAUCAGCCUGCAGCUCUCAGAAUAGCGCACCUAUUGAUUAUAAGCUCUUAGGGGCAAUUUCUUCCAUUAGUCUUCUGUUAUUGGCUGCGGUUUAUUGUCGUGGCUGAGUUUCAUUAUGUGUUGCGUACUCUGCAAGGUGUACAGUUGAGGACAUACUUGAAAACGAGAGAAAUCUCAAUGUAUCUUUCCUGGUAAAAUAUUUUAUAAAUAAAUAAAAUCAGAACGGACUGUAAUAUGGAGAUACAAGGGUGGAAUAUUACCUGGGGCUCACAAUGUAUUUGUUAUAAAAUAUUAAUUUAGUCUGAAUUCCUGUUGCCCUUCUUUGGUAAAACCUUAUUCAAGGUGCACAUUAAGGGAGGGUAUAGCCAAACCAUUCAUCACAUUCCCCCGUUUGAAGCUGGAUUUGAGUUGAUUAGUUUGCACUUUAUUGCUGUAUGCGGUUUCCUACACUCUGUCCUGGUAUUUGAAUUAACCCAUUCACUGCUAGCCAUAGAGUGCGAAUAGUUCACAGUGAACUGGGGAAAACGUAUUUAGGCACAUCAUUGAUGUUACAUGGCACUGCAGAUCAAUAAAUAUAUUUUAACCCCUCAUCUUCUGUACAUGAAGAGAAGGAAUCUGGAGCAUGUCCUAGCUCAGUUCUCUCCUUCAAUCUCUUUCUCUCGCCUUAUGUAUUGCUGUCUCUUUGUCUGUCUAGUUGUCUCUAUCUGUAUGUUUCUCUCUUUUUGUGUUUUGCUAUUUCUCUCCCUGACUCUCUCUGGCUGUCUCUUUAUGUCUUGCUGUCUCUGUGCCGCUGUCUGUCUGUUUUACCCCCUCUCUGUGAGGGUGAGCGAGCCAGCAGGUGGUUGUGGUGAGAGAGGGCCAAUCUUGCUCCAUGAUGAUUAGUUUGGCGGCUACAGCAGGAGAAGAGUGGGUCGGGCAAGCAGUCACGUGCUGAGGCCUGGCAUAAGCAAAGCGCAAACUGGAAGCUGCUAUAGAAACCCCACUAACCAAAGCCCUGCUGAGAGCAAAUCUUUCUACAUAAUGGCCACUUGCAGAGUGUCUGCUUUGAUUGUAAUAUUAACCCUUUCACAGCAGGGUUCGACCAUGUUCAGGGGAAGAGGUUUAUUAGUGGUUUGAAUGCAAGAAGGAGUUGGCAGUCACUGGGUUAAUGCAUUGUGUCCUCCAUCUUUUCAUUAUCUGUUUGUUUAAGGAUCAGUCUCUGUUGGUUACAUGUAAUCAUAAAGUAUCACAAUGCAUUAUCUCACACUGUAUCUAACAGACUAUUCCUGCACUGACCCUAUUAUAGUCAUCUGGUCCCAUAAUACAGCGUGGUGCCACCUAGUGGACAGAUCUGUAAUUCAUUCAUUCAUUCUGGCUACUGUUGCCUAAUUAAAUAAAAUCUAUAUUAAUUUUCGGAUCAGAUGGAAGAGUCAGUCUGUUAUAGGAAAGAGCUCUUGCGUUGCUGUGAUUAUUAUUUUAAGAUCCCGGAUUCCUCGUGUUUUUUGUGUCUUUAUUAUAAACAGACACAGAGUUUUUUUUCUUGGUUAAUAUCCUGAAUGAUUCAGAUUGUACUAAUGCUGGGUAAAUGCUGAUCUCUGUCACAUAACUAUUAAAUUAAUAAUAAUCAUAACACUUGGUUCCUUUCUGUACAGCCACAUGCUCAUUGUGAGUGAGUAUUUUCAGAUUAUUUCUUUUUCUUGUCUAGCUGGAACAGACUCUGCGCCUGGAGACAGGAGAGCGAGAGAGGGAUUCCCUGGAAACGAGGAGCUUGGCGCAGCAGAAUGUGGAACUCCGACGGCGGCUGGAGGAGGAGCAAGCUGCAUAUAAACGCAAGCUACAGGCUUACCAAGAAGGGCAACAACGGCAAGCGCAGCUAGUGCAGAAACUACAAGCCAAGGUGACAGUUCUAUCUUUCCUUGUUUGUAAUGUUACACACAUUCUACAAUUCAUGUCCUUUGUUCAUUUGUUUUUAAUUGAGUAUUUGGGUCAUCUUACACCCUAAAUCUGUUAGUGAUCUCAUUUAGGCUCUGUUAAAACCAGGAAAUAUCUCAGCCAUUCAGAAGGCUCUCACUGUGUUCAGUGGUUCCAGAACAAAUCCCAUAAACCCCUGACCAGCGGCAGUUAAUGUGAUAUGUAGAUACGUGUCCCUUUAACAUGUGAAUGAUCCUUAAUAAUUCAUAUGAAUGACACACUGGGUCAGAUCAUUGCAAGCAAGGUGAAUAUGUUCUAGAAAGUGUAUUUGAUAUGAUCUGCGUGAUUGGUAACUUUACAGAACCAGGUUACUAUAGGUCUUCAUUGCUUGCACUGGGGUGUAUUUAAAUCUGCCAUGCCUCUCGUAGGUCCUGCAGUAUAAGAAGAAGUGUGGAGAGGUGGAACAGCAGCUUUUGGAAAGAUCAUCUGAGCUAGAACAAGAACGUCUAAGUGUAAGUCUGGAGUCUCCAAAAUGUAAUAGGUGCGAACAUAAAUUUAUAUUACCAGAGCUAGAACAGGAAAUCCAGAAUGUACAGCUAUACUAACAGUGCUAGAACAGGAAAUCCAGAAUGUACAGCUAUACUAACAGUGCUAGAACAGGAAAUCCAGAAUGUACAGCUAUACUAACAGUGCUAGAACAGGAAAUCCAGAAUGUACGGCUAUACUAACAGUGCUAGAACAGGAAAUCCAGAAUGUACAGCUAUACUAACAGUGCUAGAACAGGAAAUCCAGAAUGUACAGCUAUACUAACAGUGUUAGAAUGGGAAAUCCAGAAUGUACAGCUAUAUUAACAGUGCUAGAACAGGAAAUCCAGAAUGUACAGCUAUACUAACAGUGCUAGAACAGGAAAUCCAGAAUGUACAGCUAUACUAACAGUGCUAGAACAGGAAAUCCAGAAUGUACAGCUAUACUAACAGUGUUAGAAUGGGAAAUCCAGAAUGUACAGCUAUAUUAACAGUGCUAGAACAGGAAAUCCAGAAUGUACAGCUAUACUAACAGUGUUAGAAUGGGAAAUCCAGAAUGUACAGCUAUAUUAACAGUGCUAGAACAGGAAAUCCAGAAUGUACAGCUAUACUAACAGUGCUAGAACAGGAAAUCCAGAAUGUACGGCUAUACUAACAGUGCUAGAACAGGAAAUCCAGAAUGUACAGCUAUACUAACAGUGUUAGAAUGGGAAAUCCAGAAUGUACAGCUAUAUUAACAGUGCUAGAACAGGAAAUCCAGAAUGUACAGCUAUACUAACAGUGCUAGAAUGGGAAAUCCAGAAUGUACAGCUAUAUUAACAGUGCUAGAACAGGAAAUCCAGAAUGUACAGCUAUACUAACAGUGCUAGAACAGGAAAUCCAGAAUGUACAGCUAUACUAACAGUGCUAGAACAGGAAAUCCAGAAUGUACAGCUAUACUAACAGUGCUAGAACAGGAAAUCCAGAAUGUACAGCUAUACUAACAGUGCUAGAACAGGAAAUCCAGAAUGUACAGCUAUACUAACAGUGCUAGAACAGGAAAUCCAGAAUGUACAGCUAUACUAACAGUGUUAGAAUGGGAAAUCCAGAAUGUACAGCUAUAUUAACAGUGCUAGAACAGGAAAUCCAGAAUGUACAGCUAUAUUAACAGUGCUAGAACAGGAAAUCCAGAAUGUACAGCUAUACUAACAGUGCUAGAACAGGAAAUCCAGAAUGUACAGCUAUACUAACAGUGCUAGAACAGGAAAUCCAGAAUGUACAGCUAUACUAACAGUGUUAGAAUGGAAAUCCAGAAUGUACAGCUAUAUUAACAGUGCUAGAACAGGAAAUCCAGAAUGUACAGCUAUACUAACAGUGCUAGAACAGGAAAUCCAGAAUGUACGGCUAUACUAACAGUGCUAGAACAGGAAAUCCAGAAUGUACAGCUAUACUAACAGUGCUAGAACAGGAAAUCCAGAAUGUACAGCUAUACUAACAGUGUUAGAAUGGGAAAUCCAGAAUGUACAGCUAUAUUAACAGUGUUAGAAUGGGAAAUCCAGAAUGUACAGCUAUACUAACAGUGCUAGAACAGGAAAUCCAGAAUGUACAGCUAUAUUAACAGUGUUAUAAGUUUUAAAUGUUGACAGAUCUAGAAUGGAAUAUAAAUCUGCUUUCAUUGAGCUAAAAUAUGAAUUCAUAUUAAAACUCUCUGGCCUAGAUUAAAAACAUAUCAGUGUAAUUCUGGAUCCACUACACUAGAACAGGAACCUAUGAAUGUAUCCACUGCUGAAGCAGCAUUCUAUAUGGUUAGUCUAGUUAUAUAAAUGUACGUUAAUGCCUGUUUGUGCAGAGCCGUUUAGAGCUGUCAGACACGCGGCUGCGCCAUGAGGAAGAGACUAGCAAUGACUUGGAAAACGCCUUGAUCAGACUAGAAGAAGAACAGCAGAGGUAGGAAAUGUGAUGUAUGGCCAUGGGUUACCUAUAGAUUUCUCUGAAUAGGGGAUCUUGUAUAUGGAGUCUUCUUUCAUCAAAAAGGGCAUGCUGUUUGUGUUUUGCACAAUGUAAUGGUUUCCCCAGGGGCACUCACAGUCUGCCUUCACACCCACAGAAGUACCAGUCUGACCCAGGUAAAUGCCAUGCUAAGGGAGCAGCUGGACCAGGCCAAUGCAGCCAAUCAGGCCCUGAGUGAGGAUCUCCGUAAGCUGACAGCUGAUUGGACCAAAGCUCGAGAUGAGUUGGAGCAGCGAGAGAGUGAGUGGAGACGAGAGGAGGAGGUGAGUGGAGUUUUGGCUUUUUCAUUAAUAUUCCCCCAAAGACAGACAUGAAGAGCAGGAAAAGAGCUAUUUUGUUCCAUCCCUUAAUUUCCCUCCAGACAUUUCUCAGUGUUUUCGUGCCAAAUCUGUAUUCUUACUUUCUCUUUUUUUCCCAUUUGGAUAUUUUUCCUGAAUGUUUGUUUUUUUAAUGCGUUUCCAUCUAAAUUUAAUUCACUCCUUUAUUUUCUCCUCUGUCUGGGCUUUUGUUUUCUUCCUUUGCUUCUGUAAAUUUGUCUUGCUUCCCUAUUAAACCUUCUCUCUCUCUACCUGCAGUCCUUUAACGCAUAUUUCAGUAACGAGCACAGCCGUCUGCUGUCUCUAUGGCGGCAAGUUGUCGGGUUCCGCAGACACUUCAAUGAAAUGAAAACUAUGACAGAAAGGUGAGUGCGUGGGAUAAUGUAUCUGUCACAAUACAGUCUGUACGUGUGAAUGGGGUCGAAGCCCAGGGUCUGCUUUGAGGUUAAGAAUCAGAGCUUUCAUUUUUGUUUACGUUGCGUAAUAUAUAGUAUGUAAUGCGGCAUUUCAGAAAUAGUAAAGGAAAUAAUGUUUAAAAAAUGGUAAAUAAUUAAGGAAGGUUUUACGAGCAGUGAGCUGGGUUGCCCAUUUGUUAUUGAAUGUUAAAUAUCUCAGAAUAGGUGCGCUGGCACGCAUAGCUCGGUGUGAUAACUCUGCUGAGGCUGCCUGUUUACGUGUUUAGUCAGCACAAACUGGCAGAGUUAGAAGUAUUGAUUACUGCUUCCAUCAUGUGUUAGUUGCAGAGUAGAAUUACUCUGACUAGGUGGCGUAGUGCACUGGUAACUGAUAGAAAGAAACGUCUACCCAGAGCUCGGGAUUCUAAAGUGUGUUUCUUGUUUAUCUGUUUUUCACACGCAGGGAUCUGAUGCAGCUGCAGAAGGAGUUGUCACUGUCCAGCCGUUCCAUGCACGCUUCCUGCAUGACCGUGAGCGGCUCCCAUCGGAUGUCAGAAAGCAGCGGGAUGGCAGUGGUAGAAAGGCAGGCGCUGCAGCUUGUUCAGAUGGAGGAGCAGCUGAAGGACAAAGUACGGCAAAUGAUCCAGCUCCAGGCUGCCUGUGAUGGAGAGAAAGCUGAACUUUCUGCCAGGUAACUUCCCAACAGCCUUAUCCCCUGUAUCCUCUAUAUCGUUUCUCCAGAUCAGCUUCUCCAGUCUCGCUUGAUCCUUUAGCCUUCCGGCCACUCCAGGCUCACUCUAUCCUAUAGCCGUCCGGUCUCUCCAGGCUCACCUGUUCCUAUAUCCUCCAGUUCUGCCUCUCCAGACUUGCACGACUUUAUAUCCUCCAGAUCUGCCUCUCCAGACUCACUCAAUCCUAUAUCCACCAGAUCUGCCUCUCCAGACUCACUGGAUCCUAUAUCCUCCAGAUCUGCCUCUCCAGACUCACUUGAUCCUAUAUCCUCCAGAUCUGCCUCUCCAGACUCAUUCGAUCCUAUAUCCUCUAGAUCAGUCUUUCCAGACUCGUUAGAUCCUAUAUCCUCCUGAUCUUCCACUCCAGACUCACUCGAUCUUAUAUCCUCCAGAUCUGCCUCUACAGACUCAUUCGAUCAUAUAUCCUCUAGAUUGGCCUUUCCAGACUCGGUAGAUCCUAUAUCCUCCAGAUCUUCCACUCCAGACUCACUCGAUCUUAUAUCCUCCAGACCUGCCUCUCCAGACUCACUCGAUCCUGUAUUCUCCAGACUCACUCGAUCCUGUAUUCUCCUGAUUGGCCUCUCCAGACUUGCACAAUCCUUUAUCCUCCAAAUCUGCCUCUCCAGACUCACUCGAUCCUGUAUCAGCCUUUCCAGGCUUGCUCAAUUAUAUAUCUUCUAGAUCAGACUGUCCAGGCUGCAGAUAUCUUGAAAUAUUAUUUACACACAUCAGUAAUUUAAAAUUAUGGUGUUUAAUAGUUCCACUGUUAGCAAGGGGUACAUAGGCAUUACCAUUCUGCCAAGGCGGGCCACAAAAUAACUUUAUAUACACUGCUGUAUUAAACCACACAAUAACAGUGCAUCCAUAACCUAUCAAAGCUGGGCAUUUUCUCUGAUGCAGAUCUCACUUUGUCCAACAGGGUUGAGGAGCUGACUAGGAACGUUGAGCGUCUGCAGAAUGAGAGCGCACAGAAGGAGCAGAAUAGCCAGAGAUUGCAGGAGCAGGUAUUGAGGCAGAGAUGUCCUAUUGCAGCCCAUGUGAUUUUAGGCUGAAAUUCCCAUGAUUGGUGGACACCUUGCUUUAGAAGGUCACUUGGUGAGAGUGAAGGAAGUUUAGAUCAUAUUGUGGUUCUUACAGGAGAAAAACCGAGCAGAAGAGCAGGUGGUCCUCCUGGGAGAGGAACUCGAGACUCUGAAGUCUGAAAAAGAAGUCCUUCAGGAAACUCUACGAGAACUCACACAGGUCUGUGACAAUACAUAACAUAUCUCAAUUCAAACUGGCCUGGGAAACUUACAAUCUAAUUCGAAAGCCAGAAUAAUCCGAUAUCGGGCCAUAACCUAGCUUUGGGGUAUGUAUUCUUUACACUGGGAAUUGAUGCCAGUAAAGUUGGAUGGGAGAAUUUUUCAAUUUGGCUAUUGUGGCCUAAGACCGUAAAUAUCUUUGUCAAACAAUACCUACACGUGUACUUUUUAUAAGCGUUGGGCGUUAAUACAUUUGUCAUCAGUGGGACUGCUCAACGCUUAUAUAAAAAGUCUUCUGAACGCUUUAACUUAUGGAUGUACCGUAUGCAUUGUGGGAUUGUUCCAAGUGCAUCAUGGGAGCACAUAGUUCAGGAAAGAAAAAUAUAUUUAUUUAAUCACCGGCAGCUCUGCUUGUACACAGCAGGGAUAUUAUAUUAAUUUAUUCGCCCUUAGAGUAGCUCUGUUUUACAGGGUAUUUAAAUGUUAUGACCAACAGGCUUGGAUGGCAAUUUAUUAUUCGUCAGGAAAUUAUUUGUUGUUAUUGUUAUCGAGUUUUUCUUUUGCAUAAUUCUCAGGUUUCAAAGUAAACUAACCAUUUUUAAAAUUCAGAAUAAGUAUUUAAAAGCCGUUUUCUCUUUACAGUAUAUUUACCAAUGUCCCUGAAACAUGCAGCUUUACGAUUACCAGCCUCCAUCCCCCUGCUGACUGUGUGCAUGUUCUUUCCUCCAGGUAGUUCUGAGUGAAGCGGACAGUGGCUUUCAGCUUUCCACCAGUGACAGGACGUCUGAUUUAAUAGACAUCGAGGGUCCAGGUCUCAGCCUGCGCGGUCUGUCUAGCAGCCUGCGCACCUCCUCACCACUAAGGCGUUCCUCACCACACCGCAGCUCUUCCCCAAGACGCAGCAUGUCCCCCGCGUUCAGAGACUCUGCUCUGUCCACCGUUCAGUCAGCCUUGCAAAGACGACAGCUGCAAGUACAGGUAGGACAAGCUCUCAGCGCUAGAACGGGUCAGGUAGGUAGAAUGGGUCAGGUAAGACAAGCUCUCAGCCAUAGAAUGGGUCAGGUAGAACAAGCUCUCAGCCAUAGAAUGGGUCGGGUAGAACAAGCUCUCAGCAAUAGAAUGGGUCAGGUAGAACAAGCUUUCAACCAUAGAAUGGGUCAGGUAGGACAAGCUCUCAGCCAUAGAAUGGGUCGGGUAGGACUAGCUCUCAGCCAUAGAAUGGGUCAGGUAGAACAAGCUCUCAGCCAUAGAAUGGGUCGGGUAGAACAAGCUCUCAGCAAUAGAAUGGGUCAGGUAGGACAAGCUCUCAGCCAUAGAAUGGUUCAGGUAGGACAAGCUCUCAGCCAUAGAAUGGGUCGGGUAGGACAAGCUCUCAGCCAUAGAAUGGUUCAGGUAGGACAAGCUCUCAGCCAUAGAAUGGGUCAGGUAGGACAAGCUUUCAGCCAUAGAAUGGGUCGGUUAGGUCAACCUCUCAGCCAUAGAAUGGGUCGGGUAGAAAAAGCUCUCAGCCAUAGAAUGGGUCAGGUAGGACAAGCUCUCAGCGUUAGAACAGGUCGGGUAGGACAAACUCUCAGAGAUAGAAUGGGUCAGGUAGGUCAAGAUCUUAGUCAUUUAAUGGGUCAGGUAGAACAAGCUCUCAGCCAUAGAAUGGGUCAUGCAGGACAAGCUCUCAGCCAUAGAAUGGGUCAGGUAGGACAAGCUCUCAGCCAUAGAAUGGGUCAGGUAGGACAAGCUCUCAGCCACAGAAUGGGUCAGGUAGGACAAGCUCUCAGCCAUAGAAUGGGUCAGGUAGGACAAGCUCUCAGCAAUAGAAUGGGUCAGGUAAGACAAGCUCUCAGCCAUAGAAUGGGUUAGGUAGGACAAGCUUUCAACCAUAGCAUGGGUCAGGUAGGACAAGCUCUCAGCCAUAGAAUGGAUCAGGUAGGACAAGCUCUCAGCCAUAGAAUGGAUCAGGUAGGACAAGCUCUCAGCCAUAGAAUGGAUCAGGUAAUACAAACUCUCAGCCAUAGAAUGGGUCAGGUAGGACAAGCUCUCAGCCACAGAAUGGGUCAGGUAGGACAAGCUCUCAGCCAUAGAAUGGGUCGGUUAGGUCAACCUCUCAGCCAUAGAAUGGGUCAGGUAGGACAAGCUCUCAGCCAUAGAAUGGGUCAGGUAGGACAAGCUCUCAAGCCAUAGAAUGGGUCAGGUAGGACAAGCUCUCAGCCAUAGAAUGGGUCAGGUAGGACAAGCUCUCAGCCAUAGAAUGGGUCAGGUAGGACAAGCUCUCAGCCAUAGAAUGGGUCAGGUAGGACAAGCUCUCAGCCAUAGAAUGGGUCAGGUAGGACAAGCUCUCAGCCAUAGAAUGGGUCAGGCAGAACAAGCUCUCAGCCAUAGAAUGGGUCAGGCAGAACAAGCUCUCAACCCUAGAAUGGGUCAGGUAAGACAAGCUUUCAGCCAUAGAAUGGGUCAGGUAGGACAAGCUCUCCGCCAUAUAAUGGGUCGGUUAGGUCAACCUCUCAGCCAUAGAAUGGGUCAGGCAGAACAAGCUCUCAGCCAUAGAAUGGGUCAGGUAGGACAAGCUCUCAACCCUAGAAUGGGUCAGGUAGGACAAGCUCUCAGCCAUAGAAUGGGUCAGGUAGGACAAGCUUUCAACCAUAGAAUGGGUCAGGUAGGACAAGCUCUCAGCCAUAGAAUGGGUCAGGUAGGACAAGCUCUCCGCCAUAUAAUGGGUCGGGUAGGACAAGCUCUCCGCCCUAGAACGGGCCAGGUAAAAUUCCUUUAAUUUACUUACAGUGAUGCAGAGAUGAAUAUUAGAUAUGUAAAGUCAAGACAAUCUUAUUUUUCUUAGUGAUGUAACUUGCAGUCCCAGUUUCCGGUCUUUUUAAAUGCCUGUGUGUCCAGUUCUGAUUCUCUGUCAAUAGAAAGCGUGUGUUUUAUUGGCAUUACAGGCAUUUUUACAGUUUUGUCUCACCUCCACCUGCAAUUCCUGAAUGUCAGGGUUCCCUGUCUUCUAGGAGCUGAAAGGGCGACUCGAGGCAGGGCAGGAAGCUCUGGGGUCCCUGCGAAAACAGCUCAGUGACAGCGAGAAUGAGCGAAGGAACCUGGAACAGAAAAUACUUCAACUCCAGCAAGACCUGGAAAGUUCUCACCUUGCCAAAGAGGACACAGAGCGCAAUAUAGCCAGACUGCGCAGCAACGCCGGGCAGCUCACUGGGUAUGUACAGUAAGAACUGCUUGUUUAUAAUGACACAAUUGGGGAGCGUUAUAAAAAUUGCACUCAGAGAAAAUUACCAGUACAUUAUAUUGGUUUUCACGGUAAUUUCUACUCUUUACCUGAUGCAACUUUUAUAAAUCUCACCCGAUGGGUCCCUAAAACUGCAGUCAGACACUAGUGUGAUCCCCUCUGUGUCUCAUAUCCCGAGAUAGACUUCUCCUUUAAAUGCUGUGGGAGACGAAUUCUGAGAUAGAAAAGGAUUGGCCUUUCCUUUCAAAGUCUCGGAGGAGAGCAAAAUGUUUCUUAGAAUUUAUGUCAAUGGGUCAGACUACGACCAGAGAGCUGAUGUCCUAUAAAUGGAGGCAAACCGUGCGUUAACGUGUGAGGAACCCGGUUAGGGAAAGUAAAUCCUCCCAAACUUCGUUUAUAAGGAACAGUUUGAAGGUGAAAUGCUGCCUUCAUCUACACGGGAUCGGUUUGGGGAUAAAAUAUUGUCUUCGUUUCUGGGGAUCAGUUUUGACAAAAAAAUACACUGGCCAGAAAUCUGGGGAUCAAAUACUGCCCUGGUUUAUGGGAUAUUACUGGGGGUAAAAUACUGCCCUGGUUUAUGGGAUAUUACUGGGGGUAAAAUACUGCCCUGGUUUAUGGGAUAUUACUAGGGGUAAAAUACUGCCCUGGUUUAUGGGAUAUUACUAGGGGGUAAAAUACUGCCCUGGUUUAUGGGAUAUUACUAGGGGUAAAAUACUGCCCUGGUUUAUGGGAUAUUACUAGGGGGUAAAAUACUGCCCUGGUUUAUGGGAUAUUACUAGGGGGUAAAAUACUGCCCUGGUUUAUGGGAUGUUACUAGGGGGUAAAAUACUGCCCUGGUUUAUGGGAUAUUACUAGGGGGUAAAAUACUGCCCUGGUUUAUGGGAUAUUACUAGGGGGUAAAAUACUGCCCUGGUUUAUGGGAUAUUACUAGGGGGUAAAAUACUGCCCUGGUUUAUGGGAUAUUACUAGGGGGUAAAAUACUGCCCUGGUUUAUGGGAUAUUACUAGGGGGUAAAAUACUGCCCUGGUUUAUGGGAUAUUACUAGGGGGUAAAAUACUGCCCUGGUUUAUGGGAUAUUACUGGGGGUAAAAUACUGCCCUGGUUUAUGGGAUAUUACUGGGGGUAAAAUACUGCCCUGGUUUAUGGGAUAUUACUAGGGGUAAAAUACUGCCCUGGUUUAUGGGAUAUUACUAGGGGGUAAAAUACUGCCCUGGUUUAUGGGAUAUUACUAGGGGGUAAAAUACUGCCCUGGUUUAUGGGAUGUUACUAGGGGGUAAAAUACUGCCCUGGUUUAUGGAAUAUUACUGGGGGUAAAAUACUGCCCUGGUUUAUGGGAUAUUACUGGGGGUAAAAUACUGCCCUGGUUUAUGGGAUAUUACUGGGGGUAAAAUACUGCCCUGGUUUAUGGAAUAUUACUGGGGGUAAAAUACUGCCCUGGUUUAUGGGAUAUUACUAGGGGGUAAAAUACUGCCCUGGUUUAUGGGAUAUUACUAGGGGGUAAAAUACUGCCCUGGUUUAUGGGAUAUUACUAGGGGGUAAAAUACUGCCCUGGUUUAUGGGAUAUUACUGGGGGUAAAAUACUGCCCUGGUUUAUGGGAUAUUACUGGGGGUAAAAUACUGCCCUGGUUUAUGGGAUAUUACUAGGGGGUAAAAUACUGCCCUGGUUUAUGGGAUGUUACUGGGGGUAAAAUACUGCCCUGGUUUAUGGGAUAUUACUGGGGGUAAAAUACUGCCCUGGUUUAUGGGAUAUUACUGGGGGUAAAAUACUGCCCUGGUUUAUGGGAUAUUACUAGGGGGUAAAAUACUGCCCUGGUUUAUGGGAUAUUACUGGGGGUAAAAUACUGCCCUGGUUUAUGGGAUAUUACUAGGGGGUAAAAUACUGCCCUGGUUUAUGGGAUAUUACUAGGGGGUAAAAUACUGCCCUGGUUUAUGGGAUAUUACUAGGGGGUAAAAUACUGCCCUGGUUUAUGGGAUAUUACUGGGGGUAAAAUACUGCCCUGGUUUAUGGGAUAUUACUGGGGGUAAAAUACUGCCCUGGUUUAUGGGAUAUUACUAGGGGGUAAAAUACUGCCCUGGUUUUUGGGAUAUUACUGGGGGUAAAAUACUGCCCUGGUUUUGUAGGAUAAUACUAGGGGGUAAAAUACUGCCCUGGUUUGUAUGGGAUGUUACUAGGGGGGUAAAAUACUGCCCUGGUUGCUGGGGAUGGUAUUACUAGGGGUAAAAUACUUACUGGUUUAUAGGAUAUUACUGGGGGUAAAAAUACUGCCCUGGUUUGCUUCUGGGAUAAUGCACAAAAGGGGUAAAAUACUGCCCUAGUUUUAUGGGGAUAAUACUGGGGUAAAAUACACUGGUUUAUAGGAUGUGCAGGGGUGAAAUACUGCUGGUUUUAUGGGAUAAUGCAGGGGUAAAAUGCACUGGUUUUAUGGGGAUCAAUACUGGGGGUACGAAAAAAAUACUGCCCUGGUUUAUGGGAUAUUACUAGGGGGUAAAAUACUGCCCUGGUUUAUGGGAUAUUACUAGGGGGUAAAAUACUGCCCUGGUUUAUGGGAUAUUACUAGGGGGUAAAAUACUGCCCUGGUUUAUGGGAUAUUACUAGGGGGUAAAAUACUGCCCUGGUUUAUGGGAUAUUACUAGGGGGUAAAAUACUGCCCUGGUUUAUGGGAUAUUACUGGGGGUAAAAUACUGCCACUAAGGCUGUUUCUAUGUAUCAGGUUUGUGGGGACACUACUUUUUCAGAGUAAUAUACAGAUUUAUUUUUGUUAUUUGAAAUAUAUAAUAAAGCAGGGGUAGGCAACCUUUUAGCAGCACUGUGCCGAUAUAGGAUUGUGAUGUCCCGUAGCAUGCCAGUCCUAUUUUUUUUUAAAUUGAGGUGUGAAUGCUGCCGUAUUCUGCUUGUGUUAUUUAUACUGUAAUUGCUUUGUAUUGUUGUAUUUGUGCGUAUAUGAGCUAUUAUAUUGUAUAUGUUCAUUAGUAGUUUGUGGUAUCGUGUAUGAUACAUAUAAAUGUGGGCUGUGUAUGAGGGCUGCUUGUGGAAUUGUGUGUGGAUGGAUAUGUCACAUUGUGUGUUUGGUAGUGUGUGGGGGCUGUUUGGGGUAUUGCAUAUGAGAGGCUGCAUGUGGGGUUGUGUGCGUGUAUGUGGAUUGUCAGUGGUGUUCAGUUUUGCGGAUUGUGUGUAUGUUUGUGUGUGGGCUGUCCAUAUUAUUUGUAUGAGGGGAGGGUCUUUCUACAUUUCUGUGUAUAUCUAGCAGUGUGGGUGGCUUCCCUGGGUUCCAGUGGGGACCAGGCCAGCCAGGUACAGGUCAAGGACAGGAGCUGCAACAACUGCGAGCUGCUCUAAUACUGUGUGGAUUCCCAUUCACAAGUGCUGGAAUGAAGUGCUCUGAGAUUACUACCUCCACGUGCUGCAAUGCAUAAAUUGAGGAUUGUCCUUCACCACCUUUUCGUAUUAGCAGAUAUCUGAUGUUUUACUGGGACUCCUGAUAGGCCAGAGCCUGUUUGGCUCUAGCAUCCUUGAGUGCCGUGGAAAGUCCCCUCGAGUGCCGUGCAUGGCACUAGUGCCGUAGGUUGCCUACCCCUGUAAUAAAGUAUAAGAUGUUUUAUUCUAAAAACGUGGCGUUAAUAUAAAGAGUGCUGUAUUGAGAGAUACUCUGUUUUUGAGAUUCUCUCUCAUCUGUUCUAAAUUAUUUAACUAGGGGUAACCUCUUACUGACUGCCUUCUUUUCCUUUAAACGUCAUUUUAAGGUAAGUUACUAGUUCUCAGUAAUGGCUAUUCCAGUAACGAACGCACUGCGCCGUGAUUUCCACACUCAAUCCCAGAACGUGCAGCGCUUGCCGUGAGACACCACGUUGGGUUAUUUUGUUGUCUUUCAGGGACAGGGAUACUUUGGAGAAGACUGUACAAAACCUGCAGGAUCAGCUAGAAACGCAGCGACAGGAGAGUGAGAAAUUACAGCUCGCCAACAGCGACCUGCAGCGGCAUCGGGAAAUACUGCAGGAAGAGAAGGAGGACAUCUGCCAGGACCGCGAGAGAGCUCAGCGCGAGGUGGAGAGAGGGUACGUGACAGACCGAGAUGGCACUCCUGUAUAUGGACACCUGUUUUAUUGUUCCUUUAAAUAAAGCGCCAACAUUCUCUGCAUCGCAGUACAACGUACAGCUGUUUAAUGGGCGAUUUUUAUUGGACUAAUGUAGGGUUAUUAAUAAUCUUUGAAAUGUGGAAAAUUGGUAGUGGCAUUAAAGAAUUUGGCUGUUUUGACCUCAAAUGUGCAAUUAAAAUAUUAAAUUGACAAAACUUCCUGUUUUUUUAAGGGUUAAACCUACACUAUUAUUAUAUUAAUACCCAUACAGACAAUACAAUGUGAUAUACAGUAUGGGUACAUUCAAUAUAGCUACCUUAAUAGCUGCAUCACAUCCAACCAAAGAUGUUGGUAGUAGGCUGGCUGGUAUUGUUUUCUGGGAUGGGUGGGUAGGUAGUAUAACUAUUUCAGAUUUCCUUUAACUUGGCCACUUUGAAGAGUUACUGUAUUACAUUGAUUCUUGGCUAGUUUAUUUUUACACAGUUCUUCGUUAAUCUAAGAGGAAUCACGGAGAGCCAUGCCAGUUUGGAUCACAAGACUCAUAGCUCUAUGUUACUGACCCCGCUCUGUCUCUGUCCACAGUCACAAAGUUCAGGAACAACUGGAGGUGAAGCUUUCAGCCCUGAGGAAGGAACUGGUGCUUGUGAAGGAAUCUCUGCACCAGUCCAGCUUGGAGAAAGAGGUGUGUGAGGCUGAGAAAGUGGACAUCUCUCAGGCUUUGUCUAAGGUAAGUACCCAAUCAUUCUCCCCUCAUUUCCAAUGAACAUUGACCUGAUCCCCCCUCCUCAAUUUACUGCUCCCCUUUCCAGCACCCCCCACCUGGGACACUGACAUGGCACCGCAGCUCCCUUUCCCAUCAGUCCGCUGCCUGGAGACGGUUGUUAAUAUUCUCUUGUCUGGUUUAGGCGGAGACGGGCCGUGCAGAGCUGGAGUUUGCACUGAAUAGGCAGAGGACAGAGGAAGCGUCACUGCGGGAUGCUCUAUCAAAAAUGAGCGCCCUUAAUGAGAGCCUGGCACAGGACAAGACUGAACUCAACCGUAUAAUAGCCCAGGUACUGCGUGGUGGAGAGUGUGCAGUGAGUGACAGCUUAGUGUUUAGGAAUGAUGGGCAUUGCGUGUUCUAUAUCACCACUGGAUAAAUACUGCUAUCAAACCCUAACAGUGAGUGUCUAACAAGCCUUACCUAUGUAUUCUUUAUUAUACUCCAUCGGGUAAAUCUGAUUCACCAAUAGGAUGGAGGCAGAUCUGAUUCACUAGUAGGAUGUAUAAUACCCCCAGGGGGGAAGAUCUGAUUCACUAUUAGGAUGUAUAAUACUCCCAUGGAGGCAGAUCUGAUUCACUAUUAGGAUGUAUAAUACUCCCAGGGAGGCAGAUCUGAUUCACUAUUAGGAUGAAUAAUACCCCCAGGGGGGAAGAUCUGAUUCACUAUUAGGAUGUAUAAUACUCCCAGGGAAGCAGAUCUGAUUCACUAUUAGGAUGUAUAAUACUCCCAGGGAGGCAGAUCUGAUUCACUAUUAGGAUGUAUAAUACUCCCAGGGAGGCAGAUCUGAUUCACUAUUAGGAUGUAUAAUACUCCCAGGGGGCCAGAUCGGAUUCACCAGUAGGAUGUAUAAUACCCUCAGGGGGGAAGAUCUGAUUUACUAUUAGGAUGUAUAAUACCCCCAGGGGGGCAGAUCGGAUUCACCAGUAGGAUGUAUAAUACCCCCAGGGAGGCAGAUCUGAUUCACUAUUAGGAUGUAUAAUACCCCCAGGGGGGCAGAUCUGAUUCACCAGUAGGAUGUAUAAUACCCCCAGGGGGGCAGAUCUGAUUCACUAUUAGGAUGUAUAAUACCCCCAUGGGGGCAGAUCUGAUUCACCAUUAGGAUUUAUAAUACCCCCAGGGGGGCAGAUCUGAUUCACUAUUAGUAUGUUUUAUACCCCCAUGGGGGCUGAUCUGAUUCACUAUUAGUAUGUUUUAUACCCCCAUGGGGGCAGAUCUGAUUCACCAGUAGGAGGGGGGCAGAUCUGAUUCACUAUUAGGAUGUGUAAUACCCCUUCGGUGUAGUUAUAGGUUUGAUUCAGGAUUAGACGAUAUAGAAAAAGGAUGGAUCUUUAACCAAUAAACUCGCCCUGUCUGUAGCUAGAGGAUGAGCGAGCCUCACUGCAGGGACAGAAGCAUGAAGUAGAGCAGGAGAAGGCCUCAAUCCGGGAUGAGCUGGUCCGUCUGGAACAGGAGAAGUUGGAACUGGAUACUGAGCGUUUCGGCUUGGAUAACUCCUUGCAGGCUAUGGAGCAGAGCCGCGAACAGCUUCUUCAGGAGCUUCAGUCUCUACGGAGAGAACGGGUGCAGCUACAGGAACAGCUGGGACAGGUGAGAAAAUCUCAGAUACUACCGUCAGCAGUGAGGACAGGGGAGAGAAUCUCAGAUACUACCGUCAGCAGUGAGGACAGGGGAGAGAAUCUCAGAUACUACCGUCAGCAGUGAAGACAGGGGAGAGAAUCUCAGAUACUACCGUCAGCAGUGAAGACAGGGGAGAGAAUCUCAGAUACUACCGCCAGCAGUGAGGACAGGGGAGAGAAUCUCAGAUACUACCGUCAGCAGUGAAGAGAGGCGAGAGAAUCUCAGAUACUACCGUCAGCAGUGAAGACAGGGGAGAGAAUCUCAGAUACUACCGCCAGCAGUGAGGACAGGGGGGAUAAUCUUAGAUACUACCGCCAGCAGUGAGGACAGGGGGGAGAAUCUCCGAUACUACCGCCAGUAGUGAGGACAUGGGAGAGAAUCUCAGAUACUACCGCCAGCAGUGAGGACAGGGGGGAGAAUCUCAGAUACUACCACCAGCAGUGAGGACAGGGGGGAGAAUCUCAGAUACUACCGCCAGUAGUGAGACAGGGAAGAGAAUCUCAGAUACUACCGCCAGUAGUGAGGACAGGGGAGAGAAUCUCAGAUACUACCGCCAGUAGUGAGGAAAGGGGAGAGAUUCUGGGGGAUGUGACUUGCGUAAGCACUAGAGAAAACUUUCUCAGGUCCCACAUGCCACUAACACCUUAAAUUUGGAUUAUCUCUACCUAGAUCUCACGGCAGAGAAACGCAUUGAGUGAGGAGCUGGUCCAGAGCCGGAGAGAGGUUGAACUACAGAGUGAGAGUUUACUCCGAGCCUCCAAGGAGAAGGAAGGGCUGAUGAAGGAUAAGGGCAGCCUAGUGGUUCAACUGACUGCCUCAGAGCGAGAGAACAGGGCCCAGGCAGAGGAAAUAGCUGCUCUCAGGUAUGUUGGGAGGGAAUUCCUGGUUUUAGUACUCGGGCUCACGUAUAGUCCUCUCCUUGUAACUCAUUGAUUAAUGAAUCAUUUACUCAACUCAUAUCUGUGCCAACACCAGGCAGAUAGUUGCUGGGGACUUGUUACCAGGCAGCCAAGAAGCCAAACACAGAGCAGACUCCUACAGCAACACAGGACUUCCUAGAACCAUCAGGGCAAAUUACUCCAGAAUCUCACUGACCAGUAAAGUGAGUGGAUACUCGGUGAGACAGACCAGUACAGGGAGUGGAUACUCAGUGAGACAGACCAGUACAGGCAGUGGAUACUCAGUGAGACAGACCAGUACAGGGAGUGGAUACUCGGUGAGACAGACCAGUACAGGGAGUGGAUACUCGGUGAGACAGACCAGUACAGGCAGUGGAUACUUGGUGAGAGAGACCAGUACAGGGAAUGGAUACUCGGUGAGACAGACCAGUACGGGCAGUGGAUACUCAGUGAGACAGACCAGUACAGGGAGUGGAUACUCGGUGAGACAGACCAGUACAGGCAGUGGAUGCUCAGACAGACUAGUACAGGGAGUGGAUACUCGGUGAGACAGACCAGUACAGGCAGUGGAUGCUCAGACAGACUAGUACAGGGAGUGGAUACUCGGUGAGACAGACCAGUACAGGCAGUGGAUGCUCAGACAGACUAGUACAGUGAUGGAAUACUCCAUGACCUCAUUUCAUGGAGUGGAUACUCCGUGACACAGAGCAGUACAUUGAGUGGUUGCUCAGACUGGCAGGCUAGGGGAAAGUAAUCAUGGAGUGUUUGGUGACAGUAGAUGAAGCCUUCGUGCUGUGCUCACAGGUCUGAGAAGGAAUCAUUGGAGACGGUCCUGUUUGAUGCUCAGCAGCAGAUCUCUCACCUCACAUCCCAGAAGGAGCAGGUGGAAACGGAGAACCAAAGUCUGCGUCUGACCAAGGAGGCUCUGCAAGGUAGGCCCCAAUCACACAGCAGACAUGUCCAGAGCCAGACUGCAUGCUGCACUGAAUACAGUGUGUACACUAAAAGCUCACAGUGGACGUGAUCAACCAACAAUCAGUUUCACUAUUUGGUGUCCGCAUCACAGCUGCUUUUUUUUGUCAUAUAGUAAGAGGGUUUGAUCCACAAGCUGUCUGUGCUGGACCGUGGUUAUUCUCUGCUUUAUUAUCCUGUUUUACAUUUGGACAAGUUUCGCAUGUUUCAUGUUUUCUGGAAUUAAUCAAACGAGGUUUGCUUAACUACCUCUUCCAUUUAAUGCAGGAGAUCUAAGUUUGGUAAAUAUUGCUGUGUCUUAAAUAAAAACGAAAUACCCAGAAUACCUUGCUCAUGGCUGCGCUGAAUGGAUAUUCUUAUUAAGCAAUUCCCUGUUCACUUACAGUUUUAAUAGCUCAGUUAACUUAACCAGACUAACUUUUAAUUAGCCCAACUAUUUGGUGCAUUAGGGGUAGCAGAGGCCUGAAAAAAGCUCACAACGCUGUUAAAAAUGUAAUUGUUAAUAUAUUUGUUAAAUUAUAAACCUUAAUGCUCACUAUCCGGUGUUUCCCUGUAGAAUGCACCAUCCCUCUUUAUUUAUGUGUGUAUAUAUAAUUGUAUUUAUUUACUUCAUUGAGGCUGGAUUGCUUGGCAGUUUGCAGUACCUUUCACUGUGGCUAGGCAGUGAUAUGGUUUGAUUAUGUCACCAGUGACGUAGAGUGUUGAUGCUGCUUGUUCUCGGAUUGACUGUUUGUGUUAUUCGCUUGUAGCGGAGGCCGUUGCUCUGCGUAAACAGCUGGAGGCUGAACGGAGCAGGCUGGAGCGGGAUAAGGAGUCUCUAGGUCAGCAGCUGAGCCAGGCGGAGAAAGAUUCACAGGUCACAUUAAGAAACGAAAAGAAAGCCCAUGAAGAUGAUGUGGAACGGCUAUGCCAAGAGAAGGCAAGUUCCACUACCUCCUAAGCCAUGCAUUAGAUCUCCGAAAGGAGCUCUGAGUUAACCAGACUCAAAGGAUGACUGUACCCUGCAGGAGGAGGGUUUGUUGUGAUCUUCCAUUGAAAGACUAAAUGAAGACUUUUUGGGGUUUGUUUGUAUUGUGUUUUUUACAUCCUCCAAAUGUGAAUGAUGUUCUAACCUUUUUUAUUGGGCUCUGACAAGGGCUAUUUUUAAAUACAUGUUACUCUCUAUAUUUCUUUCUUCGAUGUAUUAUCUUGCUAUUAAACACACCCUAAUUUCUACUGCUACAUUCUCGUUCUUUUUUUACACUUGGUACAAGAUGCCCUAUAGUGUAUCCUGGUGGAUAUAGAGUAUUGCAUGCCCUCAGCCAAGGUGGCAUUUUAAUAGGGUUCCUGAUUGCAGUAUUAAAAUAAAGCUGAAGGCUGAUCGGAAAGUCCAGUUCCUCCCAUCUCCUGUAUUUACUGUUCUUACGUCCGUUGCGUCCUUAGGAGGCGAUACGACUGGAGCUAGAGUCCGAGAAGGAGGAUCUGGUUCAUCGCCUGACGCAAGAGCGAGAGGAGCUGCUGGCGCGACAUGAGAUGGAACGCGAGGAAAUGGCUGAAGAAAUCGCUGCCUUACAGCAGGAGCGAGAUGACAGUCUCCUGCAGGCAGAGAGCGAGAAGCAGCAGGUAACCAGAACGCAGGGUCUGUAGGUUCUGUCUGCAAUGGAAGCAAUGCCUUGGCUUAUUGGCCUUCAUGAUCAUGUACCAAUGAGCUCUGUUGUGUUCUCUUCCUAUUCUCAGGUGCUUUCACUGAAGGAGUCGGAAAAGGCCUCUUUGAGUGAGAAGUUAAACAAUGCCCAACACAGCCUGGCAAGCCUCACCCUGGAAAUCGAACGGCAGAAACGAGAAAGCCAAAUGAGACACGAACAAGAACGGGUACGAUCUACCUCCUUGUGUGCUCUGAUGGCGACGUCUCUUUUAAUCUUGGCAAUUAUUUGGGAUAGGGAUUAGGACAAUGGACAUAAGUAACCACGGGUCCUUUAUAUUGAAAUACCAGCUUCUUGCUUACCUUUGUAAGCAUUACCCGCUGCUAAAAGCACCAAUGUUCUUGUCACAAGAACAAUAACCUUUCCCAAGAAAACAGUGGCAGUAGCAUGAAGCCCCAUGUCUCUUGUCAAUUCAGCGUAACUGUAGUAAAAUAGAUAUUAGCAGGUAAAUCACUUCCACUGAAUAUUAUGUGUUUUUAUGUGUUAAUGUAUAUAAAGGUUUUUUUUUUUUUUUUUUCUCUCACCAUAGAGCACAAUCGGUUCCCUAAACGCAGAACUAAAGAAUCUACAAGUGCAGUGUGAAGAGUCCUUGUCAUCACACGAGAGAGAGUUAAAGAAUCUUCAUGAGCAGAUUAGGGACUUGGGAAAGCAAAGAGAGUCGGCUCUGCGAGAGGUGAGUGCACCGACCUGGGAAAUAGAGUUAACUCUGUGAGAGGGUAGCAAAUGGACCUUGGAAACAGAGAGAAUCAGCUCAAUGAGCAGUGAGUGCAGGGAUCUGGGAAAGAGAGAGAAUUAUCUCAAAGAGAUGUGAGUGCAGGGAUCUGGGACACAGAGAGAAUCUGCUCACUGAGCAGUGAGUGCAGGGACCUGGAAAACGGAGAGAAAUAGCUCAAUGAGAGGUGAGUGCAGGGACCUGGGAAACAGAGUGAAUCAGCUCAAUGAGCAGUGAGUGCAGGGACCUGGGAAACAGAGAGAAUCAGCUCAAUGAGCAGUGAGUGUAGGGACCUGGGAAACAGAGAGAAAUAGCUCAGUGAGAGGUGAGUGCAAGGACCUGGGAAACAGAGAGAAAUAGCUCAAUAAAAGGUGAGUGCAGGGACCUGGGAAACAGAGAGAAAUGAAUUAGUGAUGCAGGUAAUGACGAGAUGCAAAAACAUAGAAUAAUGAGUGAGUUCAGGUCCAGAUGGAAAGAGUUGGAUGGAAGGGGACAGUUUGGGAAAGAUAAUGGGAACAUUAUUAAAAACAUCAUGUGCUCCAUUCUCUUUGCAAUAAUCUCUCAGGUGGAGGAAUUGAAGACCCAGCUGUGUGUUGUUGAAGAUGCCAGGGAUGCUGUGCGUCGGGAACUAAUUGAGGCCCACAGACGCAUCCGAGAGAGUCAGGAGGUCAUUGAGUUUCAUAAGAAAGAAAACUCAGAUCUGCGACGCUCCCUUGGAGAUGAGGCCAGGGAGAAGGAGGCUGUACAAAAAUCCAACGAGGAACUGCGUGGUGCUGUGCGCAGGGCAGAGAGUGAACGCAUUAGGUACUGGUACUAAUGAAAGGAUUCGAUGAAUGAUGCCAUAGUUAUAGAUAAAAUGCCCUAGUAAUACAAUCGCUAUCUAUGAGCUGAUAAGGGAUCCUCCCGCUAGGGUAAGCCACAUAGGGCUGGAUGUGGUAUGAAUCUAGAAGAUAUUUGCUGCAGCUCGUGAAGUUCCGAAAAUAUCUGCAGGUUCUAUUAAUUCUCUAACUUUACUGAACAGCUGACCUUUUCCACAGCAUGAAUGGUUAUUUUUUUGUUUUAUAUUAGGAAUUCCCAGAGGUUUAGCUUUAGAAAAUGUAAGGUUUCUGUUUAGGCUAAAUGGCAAUCCAUUAAUUAACACACGAAGGCUUGUUAUCACUAUCGUCAGAUUUGAGCAACAUCAACAUUAUGAUAACAUUAUUGUUAUAACCCCCUAAUUUACAGUGUUUGGUUUUACAUAUUUCCUGCAUUUUGUAAUACUAUAAAUAACUGCCCCCUUUUCAUUAAAGAGCUUUUUGUGCUUUUUUCAGAUAUUUCCUGCACAUGGGGUGGCUGCAAAACAGUAGUACCUAACAGCAGGAGUUAAACACACCUUAACCAAUAUAGAAUGCUGUAGUGGUUAUGAUGCCAAUAAUCCUCUGGUGCACUCCCAUGAUCAGCAGUCAAGCCAUUUUUAUUUGGUUUAACAAUAACCUGGUGGCUCCGGUCUGGCCUCCUCUGCUGAUGUUGCUUAUGGGGUCCCUGUCCACAUCAAUCCACUUGUGUUUGGACAUAAUAAAUAUAAAAUGGACCUCCACAUUAGAUAUAUCAGCAGAGGAGGUACGACCAGGAGUGCCUGGGUGACAUAGGUAAGUGUCAAACCAUUUUAAACCACUUUGUCUACGUACCAUCUGACAGCAGCGCUGAAGUGGACUGGAGUGGUUAUGGUGCCUAGGUAGCAUUUUGAAGUUUAAAGAUCGGUGAUUACCCGUGUGUGCCACUUAUAAUCCUUUUGUCUGUCUGCCGUGGUAGUUUCAAACCAUUUUAAACCACUUUGUCUACGUACCAUGUGACCGCAGCGCUGAAGGGGACUGGAGUGGUUAUGGUGCUUAGGUAGCAUUUUGAAGUUUAAAGAUCGGUGAUUACCCGUGUGUGCCACUUAUAAUCCGUUUGUCUGUCUGCCAUGGUAGUUUCAAACGUGCCAAUGAAGAAAAGGAACAGAGACUCAGUGUGUUGGAGGAAGCUCGAUCUGCUACAGAGAAGGAAGCUGCAGAUCUGCGUGGUACACUAAGGGAAGUGGAACGAUCGCGCUUGGAGGCAAGAAGAGAACUGCAGGAUCUACGCAGACAAGUAAGCAGCAAUGUGUUUCUGUGUGAUGGUCACAUUCAGGCUUACUGCAUGUGCCAUAAUACAGCCACCGGGGCCGGACUCCCACGAGACCUCAGAUUGGCUAUCUCAGCUGUACAUGUUCACUUUGCAGUAAAUAUAUUUAUUACAUAAAUUAUUAUAAUGGGUAAUAAAUCAAAGGGGAACGGUAACGCCUCUGAAGUGAAUAAAACAUUUACCUAUACCUUGUGUUUACCAUUUGUUUCAUGAGAUUUUUUUAUUGAAUUUUUGCCUUAAUUUAUAUUGUAGAUUUAGCAAAGGACAUGAUAAUACCGUUCAGACAACAUUUUUUCAUAGUAACAGCCCCAGGACGAGCAUGGAAACGAGUUAUCUUAACGUACCUUUCUUGCUUAAAUACUUUCUUGUUAUUUCUUCUUCUCUCUGUAUGAAGAUAGUGGCGCCCAGUUACAGGAUAAAAAGCUGUGGAUUUCUACAUUGAAUCUUAUUUGUUGAGAUAUUUGUAGAUUGAAUAUUUAUAUGAUAAGUAAAGAUAUUAUUAAAAAACAUGGAGGUGCCGAUUCCUCUUUAAUAUUGCCGCUCUGUAUUUGCACUAACCGUUAAUGACACUAUGUCUCUGACUUUCAGCUGAAGGUUCUGGAUGAUGAGAGUGUAAAGCGUGGGCGUGAUAUGGCGGAGGCGCAGGUGCGUCUGUCUAUGUGGGAGCAGCGAGACGAGGAGAGCCGCAAAGACUUAUUCGGCCUCAAACAGAAGCUGGCGGAAACUGAGGCGGGCCGAGAGACUGCCAGGAAAGAGGUGAGACCGGUACACAAAGUGUUUUAGGAUCAAAAUGGAGUUGUUGGUUCCCACUCACUCCAGACAUGGAUUUUCACCCUUUUAUGGGAAGAGUGGACUAAUGGACUAAUCUUUUUUAAUUGUUUUGUUUUUAAAAUCUAUUUAUUUUCCCGUUAAAGCGGCACUGUCAUGCCGAACUUACCUUUCCUCAAUCUCUUCCUCUUCUCCCCCUCUCUCAGGAUCUGUUAUUCUUUUCUUCCUGUCUUCUUUAGUUUUCUUUAAAAUCAUAAGACAAAGUAGGGACUCUUUGCCUUAUGGAGGAUUCCUCCGCUUGACCAGCUCUGACCAGCGGAGGAGCAAAGUGUGCUUCAUUUCCGCUGGUCAAAGCAAUUUUCCCAUGAUUCUCACCUUCCCUCUGUGUUCCCACGAUGCUUCCUGUCACUUUACACAAAACUGCCGAAUUGCAUUCUAACUGAAUGAGAACAGUCUGUUCGUUUCUUUUAGAACGCAAUUCGCAGGGCCAUCUUUAAUAUUGAUUGGACCCUGGGCAAGCAUCUGUUUGGGCCCCCUGGGCAUGCAAUCACUCCCUCCACCCCAACCUAGAGGCAAAACUAAUGUAGAGAGUGCCUUGGUGCAACAAAAAAAAAUUCAGGCCUGCCCUGUAGCACAAGAGUAAAGAAAAGAUAGAUCCCCAUCUGUCAUACAACUCCUGCGAUGCUAUGCCAGCUGGGGAUCUACCAUCCUUGCAGGGUUGUAUUUUUGAGCAGUGUUUGUGCAAAUGAAUGUCAGCAUGUUAUUGUAUAGAGUGUAUGUGUGCAUGUAGGAGUGUAUUUGUAUGUACUGUUACCAUUGGAAUGCAGUGGUGUACUUGUGUGUAGUGUUUGCAUUCUAAUGCAGGGAUGUGUGAUUGUUUGUAGUGUUGGCUUUUAAAUGCAGGUGUACUUUUGUGUGUAGAGUUGGUGUUUGUAUAUAAUUUUAGCAUUUUAAUACAGGAAUGUGUUUGCAUGUAAUGUUUGUAUUUGCAUGCAGGGGGGUUGUUUGGAUGUAGUGUUGUCUUUUAAAUACAUGUGUACAUUUGUGUGUAGUAUUAGUGUUUCAGCAAACUGGUGUGUUUGUAAUGUUUGUGUUUGCAGGGUUCUGUUUGCAUGUUGUGUGAUUUCUUUAACACGCAGAUACACACAUGCUCACACUGACACAUGCUCACACCUUGACACAUACUGGCACAUACACACACACUCAGAUACACACCCUUUGACACACAGAUACAAACACUUUGAUAUACACACACUGGCACAUACACACACACACACACACUGACACAGGUAUAUACACACACACUCAGAUACACACAUACAUAAAGGUAUAAAUGCAGGGGUGUAUAUGUGUACAGUGCUAGAGUUGGAAUGUAGGAGUGUAUUUGUGUUGGCAUUAAAAUGCUGGGAUGUAUGCAUUACCACACACUCAGAUGCACACUUACACACACACCGAAACACACACACAGGUGCACAUACAGGUGUAUGAGGUAUACAUACACACAGAAACACUGACACACAGACAAACACAGCCAGAUACACACAAGGACAUAAACACAGCCAGAUACACACACACAUAUAUGUGUACAUUUACAUAUUUUAAUCUCUGCCUUCUAGCAGCUCUUGGAUAGCAACUCCCAGCAACCUUGGCCAAUAUAAUGUCUCAACUCUGUUCUUACAUACCCUGGUCCAGAAUUUGGCAAAAGUGACAUUUGAAAAUGGUAUACAGCCUUUGAUAACACUUGAUGCAAUAUGUUAAAAUAAAUACUUUUUAAAUUUAUAUUUAAUAGGGAACUGUCAGGUUCUUCUAGGAUUUUUAACAUGUACUUAUUCCCUGUGUGUUACAUUACAAACACCAACACUUAAAUAAAAGUGAUAUCAGAAAUAAGCAAAACAAAAAAACAAAACAUAUUUAGCCACCCUCCUGUCUCCUUACCUUUUGGGUACAGAAAGGUGGCUUCCCUGGUGUCCAGUGAGAGCUUGCUGGCCCAGGCUGAUGGGAGUCUGCCAUCAGCUUUCUCAGUCCCUCUCCCCCACAAUGCUUGCAUCCUCCUCCGUGUGGUGUGUGCCUCCUCCCCAGCGGCACUGAGGAGGAAGUGAUCAGUUCUUACUGGGAGGAAGCAAUCUGACCUCACUGCCUCCCAGCAUGCCCAGGAAACAAAGAGACUCACAGGGCAGUAUGUGAGGGGGCUAGCUGUGAGUAUGUAGUCAGCCACCCCCCAUACAACAGGGACCCCGGCCGGUAUUAAAGGGCUGUGGCCCCUGAUUACCUCAGGUGCCGCAGGGGGCCCAUGGGGCAGCUGCCUUAGGGCCCCCAGGAGUAACUGGGCCCGGGGCAGCUGCCCCUUUUGCCCCUCCUUAAAGACAGCCCUGGCAAUUCGGCACUUUAUUCGGAUCAGAAUUUCAUUCGAAUGAAUGAAACUCCGAUCCUAUUCUUGCUGUGGCUGCAUCUUGCAGCCGCUUAGUAGAUAACUUCCUAAUUCUCACGGUAUCAGGGAGUUAUCUACUAAAAGGCUGAAAGACCUAAAUUGGUCUUUCAGCCACAUUUACUAAUACUAAGUAAAGAUUACUUAGUAUUAGUAAAUAAUAUGCCCCUACUCGCUAUAUUGCGAGUAGGGGCAUGUCUGGUAAACAGUGAGCAGCCUGUGGCUGCUCACUGUAAAACAAAAAAAAAAAACAACAAAAAAAACUAACUAACUAAACGACGGGUGAGGGCCCUAAAGUAAAAUAAGGGGGGAGACCUAAUGUCCCCCCCCGGCCCCAAAGAACUUUCCCACGCUGUGUAAAAUGACAAAGAUCACUCUGAUUGGCUUAAACCCACCAAUCAGAGUGUUUUUAGCCUAAUUGCAGAGCGGGGCAAGGCUUUAUAAGCCUUCCCCCGCCCUGCGGAGCUCAGUCUGCGCGGAGCCCUCCAUGGGUGAAGAUGGAUUAUUUUUUUGCGCUCGGGUUUUUUCUUUUUCGUCGGUUUUUUUUUUGCGCUCAGGAUUUUUUUUUUUUUUUUAGUUCGACGGUUAUGAUGGUUUUUUAUUUGGCCUUUUUUGGGGCUGAAAAAUGAAGAUUUGAGAAAAAAGAAGACGUUGAAUGGUAAGUUUAAUUUUAUUUUACAGGUUAGUUAUGUUAUUCCCCCCUCACUAUUUUUUAGGGUGAGGGGGUAGGUAGGGACUUUUUAUUUGGGAAUUUUAGGGCCCCACCCAACCCAUGGGGUGGGGGCGGGGAGGACAGUAGGUCGUCCCCCCCCUCAUUAUCUUUAUGGCCCCCACCUGCCGCCCAGGGGUGGGGGCCGGAGGGGGAGUGGACAGUAGGUCCCCCCCCCCAUUAUCAUUUGGCCCCCACCCGCCGCCCAGGUCCCUCCCCCCUCAUUAUCAAUAUGGCCCACACCCGCCGCGCAGGGGUGGGGGCUGGGGGCUGGGGGGGGCAGUAGGUCCCCCCCCUCAUUAUCAGUAUGGCCCCCACCCACAGCCCGGGGUGGGGGGGGGGGACGACAAUAGGUCUCCCCCCUUAUUUUACUUUAGGACCCCCACCCGCCGUUUAGGGGUGGGGGCCAAUUGUUGUUGUUUUUUUUUUACAGUGAGCAGCCACAGGCUGCUCACUGUUUAGUAGACAUGCCCCUACUCACGGUAUAGUGAGUAGGGGCAUUGGGGAGAUUUUAAUCUCCCUAGUGCUAUUAUGGGGGUCAUAUUGACCCCCAUAGAGUGAGAGGGGGUCUGGGGGGGGGCUUAUGAAGUGGUGGGGAGCACAGCUCCCUGCCGCUUCUAUAGUUACAUAUUACAAGGAGGGAGCUGCGUGCCGGUAGCUCCCUCCUUGUAAUAAACUCAUCAAACAAACGAACACUGAUACAUUGUGUUUGUUUGUUCGGCUGAUAUUUCUAUUCACUCAUUCGUCUGUCUGAUGAAUGAAUGAAUAGAUGAAAUUCCCGUUCGCAUGUCCAGGUGUUUCACUGGGCAUGUGCGGGAAUCUCACAGUCUGUCUAGUGUGGGCUGAUGACGUGUCCCACAGGGACUUCAUCUACCCACACAAAGAUGGUGGCGCCCUGAAUAAAGAUCGGGGUAGAAAACAAGGAAUAAAAAAUAGGUAAUGUGGGGGGCUUAGGGGCAUUUGGGGGUGACUAGGGUGUUAGUUAGAUGUAGUGGAGGCUGGAGGGGGGUUAAAAAAACAAAACAGGAUUCGGCAUGACAGUGCUGCUUUAACUUGCUUUAUAAGACAGAGACCCACGUUCUUUUCCCACAUCAUUUAAAACCUGUAUUUUCACGUAUAAGGUCUGUCUUUAUUUUAACAUGUCGUCAUUUAAUAAUAGAUUGGCUGCUUGUUUUUCUAAUGUAUUUUUCUAUUUAUCAAAACAGACAUAGUUUGCUGCAAGUUCCCCUCACAUUAAAACCUCAUUUAUUAUUCUCUCAGAUGUGAAUUGAUGAGGGAAUUUUAUUUCUCCAAGUUGUUAUUUUUCAAUUUUAACUCUAUUUGGCCUAAAAUGUGAAAUUCUCUUGUCAGUUUUACUUUGUAUACGUUUAAAGGCAGGAGAAGAAUGGAACCAAUUCUAGCUCUAAAGCAGGGGUCCUCAAACUCCGCCCCCCCAGAUGUUGCUGAACUACAGCUCCCAUGAUUCUUUGAAUUACAUAGAUAGCCAGAGAAUCAUGGGAGUUGUAGUUCAGCAACAUCUGGGGGGCCGGAGUUUGAGGACCCCUGCUCUAAAGCGAUCAGCAAAAUAUAGCAUUUUUACAAUGACUUCUUCUAAUAAAGGUAAGGUAUAUGUUUUGAUGCCGUAGGUACAGACACUAAUUACUGCUUUUGGGUCUAUUCUCAAAUGUGUUAAUUGACAAAGUAACUGCAAAAAUACAGCAAUAUAGCCCCAUUGUGGGAAGACAAAUGGCUCUGGCUCUGAUUGUUUUAAAACUUUGCUAUUUUGGUUAUUCUCUCCUUUUUGCACCUGGCGGUGAUUGCUUUAUGACAUAGCUCAGUGGACUGCAGCGCAAACUAUCUGAGGUGGAGAGCGAUUUUGGGCUACGUGAGAAGGAGCUUCAGGGGAGCCUUGAAGAGGCGCGUGGGAAUGAGAAAAAGCUGCUGGACAACACCCGCAACUUGGAGAUCAAACUGAUGGCAUCGCAGGAAGAGAAGGCGGAGCUUAGCCUGCGUCUCAGCGCCAGCGAGGGACGUGUACAUGGACUAGAAGCGGAGCUGGCAAAGCUGGAAGGUCUGAAACGAGAGGUGGAAUUCAGACUGGGCAGUUUACAUUCUGCCCUCCGUAGAACACUGGGAAUUGGGCGGACAGGGCGGACUCCAAGUCCCUCUACUAGAGGGCGCAGUGUGUCCCCCAGGAGGAAUUUCUCACCACAGAAAGGUAAGUGUUGGGUCAUUCGUUGUGUGAUUUGUAGCAGCUAUCCUUAUACAUUAUGUGGGAAGGUACUGAAAUUUUGUGCCUUUUUCUUUACUCACUACCAUUUUUCCACCUCUCUCUGCCGCUAAAGGAUUUGACAAUACUUACACAACCACUACAGAUGGACGUGGGAGCCCCAUCCCCCGCACAGGGAGCCCAGAGCGCAGCAGAACUCCAGAGCGAGCAGUGUCACCUAGCCGAGGGGAACAGUUACUUGCCGAGAUUGAUCCAGAGGUGGUCAGAAAUGCCCUGCGAGACUUCUUGCAGGAGCUAAGGGACACCCAGCGAGAAAGGGUAGGUGAUUUAAAGCUGUAAUACUACAUGGUGGGAAGUUUAACAGUCUGAAUUGGGGACUUCAGAAAGAGUUUUGGGGCCUGGGACUCCAGAGAGAUUUGAAGAGCCUGAUGAUCCAGAGAUUUGGGGAUCCUGGGGAUACCAGAGAUUUGGGGAUCCUGGGGAUUCCAGAGAUUUGGGGAUCCUGGGGAUUCCAGAGAUUUGGGGAUCCUGUGGAUUCAAGAGAUUUGGGGGGCCUGGGGAUUCUAGAGAUUUGGGGAUCCUGGGUAUUCCAGAGAUUUGGGGAUCCUGGGGAUUACAGAGAUUUGGGGAUCCUGGGGAUUCCAGAGAUUUGGGGGGCCUGGGGAUUCUAGAGAUUUGGGGGGCCUGGGGAUUCUAGAGAUUUGGGAAUCCUGGGGAUUCUAGAGAUUUGGGAAUCCUGGGGAUUCUAGAGAUUUGGGGGGCCUAGGGAUUCCAAUUUAAAGCUGUAAUGCUACAUGGUUAGAAGUCUGAAUUGUGGACUCCAGAGAGAGUUUGGGGGCCUGGGACUCCAGAAAGAUUUGAAGAGCCUGAUGAUCCAGAGAGUUGGGGAGCCUAGGGAUUCCAGAGAGUAGUAAAUCAGAGAAUCCGAUAUUGAGAGAGAAUGUUUGCUGGGGAUCUGGGCAGAAGAGGAGCUGAGGAAGUGCCCAGUGUCUUUGUGUUCUGUGGGAUGGGUUGAAGGAUUCAGUGAAAUGUUAGUAAAUCAUGGAGCUUGGCUGUGAGCAGGAUAUUGCAACUGACAGUGACUGUCCACUCUCUUUUCUCUCCCGUUUUCCAGGAUGACGUGCGCACGCAGCUGGGAGCUACAAACCGCCAACUGCUCGAGGUGGACGCUGAGCGAAAUGGAGUAAACACUCGCAUACAGCAGCUGCAAAAAGUGCUGUCUGAGUGUGAAGAGGGUAAGUAACUUGCCGUGUCAGUUCAUGCUCCUUGAACAAGGACUAAGGAGCCACAGAAAGUGCCAGGUUGGGAAACUGACUGAGAACACACUUAGAAUGAGUUUCCAGUUUUCUGGAAAGAAAGGUUUCUUUCUGAAAUCACAAAUGUAUGUUUUUUCAGAGAAGCGCCAAGUGGACAGGAAGCUGAGCAAUGUACAAGGUACACUCAAUCUGCAGGAGGAGACGCUACGGCGCUACGAGAGAGAGCGCAAGAUGGCAGUGGAGAAGGCAGCUAGUGUGGAACGCAGCCUUCAAGCAUCAGAGAACGAGUAUCGGUCAGCUCAGGUACUGCGUUAAUGCACUCGAUGAAUGUAUGGACUGUUAAACAAGACCACAAGUACUCUGGAUUCAUCUAAAAACCUCCCAUCAAUGGAAGAAAAUACAAGGUAGCAGCUGGUCCAGCCCCGCUGGGAUUCCUAGACAGAAACCAGCUACGGAAAAUACUUUAGCAUAUAAAUGUUAUCGCUGUGUAAAAUGGAUCAUUGUAUGAGACAUGAGGGCCUCAUCAUUGUGAUUCUGCUCUCCUUGCACACAGUGUACUGAUGUACUGAGAAAGAUCCAUUCCUUGGUACAAUACUCAGAUGUAUGGGACGUUCUCUGAGUGUCUGUUAUUUAUAUAUGUGUAUAGUAUGGGGAUGUUUGAUAUGACAGGCUGACGCUCAUUACUGUUUUAGGACAAACUCAACAAGAUAAAAGCAAAUGAGGCCAAAUACGAAAAUGAAAAACGCCGUUUGAAGGAGGCACUGGAUGCAUCUGAGAAUCGCAAUACCAAGCUGGAACUGUCUAAACGAGGGCUAGAGGGGGAACUGCAGAGGCUCAAACUGGUGCUGUCAGACAGGGAGUCUGAGAUGCACGAAAUGAAUCAGCGCAUGGAGGGGCUGCAGCGACAGGUACUAGAUCAACAUAUGCAAUAUCUCGGUGUGUUUGGGCUGCAGCGACAGGUACUAGAUCAACAUAUGCAAUAUCUCGGUGUGUUUGGGCUGCAGCGACUACGUCUAGAUCAGCCUGCUCAGUGUCUCUGUGUGUUUGGGCUGCAGCGACUACUUCUAGAUCAGCCUGCUCACGGUCUCUGUGUGUUUGGGCUGCAGCGACUACUUCUAGAUCAGCAAGCUCAGUGUCUCUGUGUCUUUGGGCUGCAGCGACUACUUCUAGAUCUGCAUGCUCAGUGUCUCUGUGUGUUUGGGCUGUAGCGACUACUUCUAGAUCAGCCUGCUCAGGGUCUCUGUGUGUUUGGGCUGCAGCGACUACUUCUAGAUCAGCCUGCUCAGCGUCUCUGUGUGUUUGGGCUGCAGCGACUACUUCUAGAUCAGCCUGCUCGGGGUCUCUGUGUGUUUGGGCUGCAGCGACUACUUCUAGAUCAGCAUGCUCGGGGUCUCUGUGUGUUUGGGCUGCAGCGACUACUUCUAGAUCAGCAAGCUCAGGGUCUCUGUGUGUUUGGGCUGCAGUGACUACUUCUAGAUCAGCCUGCUCAGCGUCUCUAUGUGUUUGGGCUGCUGCAACUACUUCUAGAUCAGCCUGCUCAGCAUCUCUGUGUGUUUGGGCUUCAGCGACUACUUCUAGAUCAGCAUGCUCAGGGUCUCUGUGUGUUUGGGCUGCAGCGACUACUUCUAGAUCAGCAAGCUCAGGGUCUCUGUGUGUUUGGGCUGCAGUGACUACUUCUAGAUCAGCCUGCUCAGCGUCUCUGUGUGUUUGGGCUGCUGCAACUACUUCUAGAUCAGCCUGCUCAGCAUCUCUGUGUGUUUGGGCUUCAGCGACUACUUCUAGAUCAGCAUGCUCAGGGUCUCUGUGUGUUUGGGCUGCAGCGACUACUUCUAGAUCAGCAAGCUCAGUGUCUCUGUGUGUUUGGGCUGCAGCGACUACUUCUAGAUCAGCCUGCUCAGCGUCUCUGUGUGUUUGGGCUUCAGCGACUACUUCUAGAUCAGCAUGCUCAGGGUCUCUGUGUGUUUGGGCUGCAGCGACUACUUCUAGAUCAACCUGCUCAGUGUCUCUGUGUGUUUGGGCUGCAGCGACUACUUCUAGAUCAACCUGCUCAGUGUCUCUGUGUGUUUGGGCUGCAGCGACUACUUCUAGAUCAGCCUGCUCAGGGUCUCUGUGUGUUUGGGCUGCAGCGACUACUUCUAGAUCAGCCUGCUCAGCGUCUCUGUGUGUUUGGGCUGCAGCGACUACUUCUAGAUCAGCCUGCUCAGCGUCUCUGUGUGUUUGGGCUGCAGCGACUACUUCUAGAUCAGCAUGCUCAGGGUCUCUGUGUGUUUGGGCUGCAGCGACUACUUCUAGAUCAGCCUGCUCAGGGUCUCUGUGUGUUUGGGCUGCACCGACUACUUCUAGAUCAGCCUGCUCAGUGUCUCUGUGUGUUUGGGCUGCAGCGACUACUUCUAGAUCAGCAAGCUCAGUGUCUCUGUGUGUUUGGGCUGCAGCGACUACUUCUAGAUCAGCAUGCUCAGGGUCUCUGUGUGUUUGGGCUGCAGCGACUACUUCUAGAUCAGCAUGCUCAGGGUCUCUGUGUGUUUGGGCUGCAGCGACUACUUCUAGAUCAGCAUGCUCAGGGUCUCUGUGUGUUUGGGCUGCAGCGACUACUUCUAGAUCAGCCUGCUCACGGUCUCUGUGUGUUUGGGCUGCAGCGACUACUUCUAGAUCAGCAAGCUCAGUGUCUCUGUGUGUUUGGGCUGCAGUGACUACUUCUAGAUCAGCAAGCUCAGUGUCUCUGUGUGUUUGGGCUGCAGCGACUACUUCUAGAUCAGCAAGCUCAGUGUCUCUGUGUGUUUGGGCUGCAGCGACUACUUCUAGAUCAGCAAGCUCAGUGUCUCUGUGUGUUUGGGCUGCAGCGACUACUUCUAGAUCAGCAAGCUCAGUGUCUCUGUGUCUUUGGGCUGCAGCGACAAGUUGUCGAUCAUCAGGCAGGGGGUUUGUGUGUGUGUUCAGGCUACAGCAAUAGAUUUCUGGGUGUUUGUUUUUUUUUAAUCCGGUUGGUUUGUUGUUGAUUAGCUGCAUUAUCUGUGUUGCUGGGUACAAGUCUAGUAAAUACCACUGAGCUGGUUAAAUGUUCUCACAGAUGGUGGGAUGCCAUUGAUGAAUAGCGUGAGCACUGCAGGAUGUGAACAGAAUUUUUUUACGCAGAGUGCAAAUCUCAGGAUACAAUCUGGAUGACAGUUUACCAAUAUUAUGUCAUUCUAAUAAACUCCCCCAGCCCCGUUUUUUUUAAUAUCAGAAUGUAGAGCAUUUAGUCCUCUAGGCCACCAAAAAUGGGCUCAGAAAAGAAGCCUUGGGGAAUUCCAUGCAUAGCUCUUAGACAGUGGGAGACACUGUUUGCAAUGACCAUAAUGGUUUCCAUCUGAUAAGUAACAUCAGAACCGACUUAACUCUCGUCCCGGUGUCUCCAGGCUGCAUCAUGUCUGCUUUUACCCAGCAGAGAACCCUGCUCCGGACGUUCCUAUUUGUUACCGGUGUAUCUGCAAACUGAGCUCCCUACGUUGCUGUUAUUUAAUAAUAAUCUUUGUGACACUCUGUAUUCUCUGCUUUAUGAUCCUAGCUCUCAGACAGCGAGGCCAAGGUCAAUACUCUGCAGCUGUGCGUCGAUCGACUGAACACAACUCUCAUAAAGGCUCAGGAGAACGAAGCUUCCCUCAAAGACAAGGUGCAGAGUUUAUCCAGUGCAUUGUCCGAUAGUAAUUCCAGCUCCGCUUGCUCACACGAAAAAAUGAGUCAACUGCAAAAGCUGAUAACAAGCAGUGAACACGAACGGCGCAUCCUACAGGUCAGUCCCUGGUGUUGGUCUACGUGGAUUUUGUGAGCAAAAGAGGAACCAUAUGCCUAAUAUGUAUUUAUGGAGGAUUGAGCAGAAUCGAAGGUGUAGGUUGGCAUGUUGUGUGGAAUGUUGCACAUGGUGAUCAGAACUGAAUGGUGAAGCUCUGCAUAUCGUGUAGGAUUUACUAUGAAUAGAGAACACAGCAGUCCUGCACAAUAAGUAAUGUACAGUUAAAGGGACAGUAGGUCUUGGCAGGACUGUGCUAACUCUAGAUUUCCACACACAGGAGCGUCUGGAAGCGGCCAGACUUGCUGUAGCCGAGGGUAAGAAGCAGAGCUCAGGGCUGAUGGAAAGGAUUCAGGAACUUCGAGACGAGCUGUCAGAAGGAGAGUUCCAACGUGUCGAGCUGGAAGGACAAGUCCGUCAAUUACAGGAGGUGAGGUCAUAUAUUAUCUUCCCCAUUACUCUGCAUACAUUUUAUCUUCUCUGCAUUGUUUGUGGUCUCUCUCUCCUUUCGACUUGUCAUCGUCCCUUCCCUGCUCUUUUCUCAGAUAAUCCGUCAGCGGCAGGAGAAUGAAGGUGCCUCCCUGCGAAGCCUACAGAAGCUGCAGGAGGAGAGAGAAGUCCUACAGGAGCGUCUGGGAGGUCUGCAGCGGGCUGUGGCCCAGCUCGAGGGAGAGAAGCGAGAAAUGGAGCGAUCUUCUCUCCGCCUUGAGAAAGAUAAAAACGCUCUAAAGAAAACACUAGAUAAGGUAAUCAUCCGACUAAUAGGUCUUGUAGCUUAUUCAGCCCAUGAUGGGGAUCAUUAAAAAUGGAUUCUUCUCUGUCUGACAGGUUGAACGCGAGAAGCUAAAAACUGAGGAGGACACGAUGCGCCUGUCUGCUGAGAGAGGACGUCUGGAUCGAUCUCUGACCACAGUGGAACAAGAACUGGCCGAUGCACAGAGACAGGUUCAGCUACUGGAGGUAAGAGAGGCGUUAGUUUGAAUGUCUGGAUGUCUACAGAUGGGGCCGGGAGGGAAGGGGAUACUGUGAUUGUAAACAUUUCUUUAGAAUUAUCUGUGUAACUUUUACAUUUAUUAUCUCACACAGCUCUCUCUUUUUCUAUGUACAAAAUGUGACCGCUUAUUUAAAGGUUCUUUUCAGGAUAAUUUUCCCACAUAAUCCUUAUCUUUCUUAGAGUUUUUUAUUUUAUUAAAAAAAAAAAAAAUUACUGGGUUCUGUUACCGUUAUUAAAUAUACGUAUAUUGUAUGUAUAUAUCUCAGAAAAACAAUAAGAGAACAUGAAGAUAAAAGCCAUAGAUACUGUUUAAAUCCUAGACCGUAAUUAAGUUUGUUAUAUUGUAAUUAUAAAUACUGACUGUACAAGGCUAGCUGGAGCUCGGACUUUACGUUCCACCAACAUAGAGGAGAUUAUUAUCUGACUGUGUUUUAAACAGGUUUACUUCUUGUGUGAUUAUGUAUGGAGAGAAUAACCUCUUCUGAUUGGUGUCCAAAUGUUAUUCUAUGUUCUGAUUGGUGCCUGGAACAGAGACAAUAGUAAUCUCUCUUCUGGUGGUGUGUGGACAGGAAUCCUCUUGAUAGACAAGAAUCAUUCUGGUUGGUGUGUGGACAGGAAUCAUUCUGGUUGGUGUGUGGACAAGAAUCAUUCUGGUUGGUGUGUGGACAGGAAUCAUUCUGGUUGGUGUGUGGACAGGAAUCCUUCUGGUUGGUGUGUGGACAGGAAUCAUUCUGGUUGGUGUGUGGACAGGAAUCAUCAUUCUGGUUGGUGUGUGGAUAGGAAUCCUUCUGGUUGGUGUGUGGACAGGAAUCAUUCUGGUUGGUGUGUGGACAGGAAUCAUCAUUCUGGUUGGUGUGUGGAUAGGAAUCCUUCUGUUGGUGUGUGGACAGGAAUCCUUCUGGUUGGUGUGUGGACAGAAAUCCUUCUGGUUGGUGUGUGGAUAGGAAUCAUUCUGGUUGGUGUGUGGAUAGGAAUCAUUCUGGUUGGUGUGUGGAUAGGAAUCAUUCUAAAUGGCAUGUGGACAGGAAUCCUUCUGAUUGGCCUGUGGAUAGGAAUCAUUCUAAAUGGCGUGUGGACAGGAAUCAUCAUUCUGGUUGGUGUGUGGAUAGGAAUUCUUCUGGUGGUGUGUGGACAGGAAUCCUUCUGGUUGGUGUGUGGACAGGAAUCAUCAUUCUGGUUGGUGUGUGGAUAGGAAUCAUUCUAAAUGGCGUGUGGACAGGAAUCAUUCUGAUUGGCCUGUGGCUAGGAAUCAUUCUGGUUGGUGUGUGGACAGGAAUAAUUCUGAUUGGUUUGUGAAUGAGGAAGUCGCUUGCGAUUGUUCUGUUGAUGCACUUCUCUCUUCCUCUUGCUGUCCUGUGAAGGUGCAGUUACACAGGGUUAGGCGCAUGAUUACCUUCAGCCUGGUGAGUAAAGCCAUGUAGCUUUACUCAGGAGCCUCAGUGCUGAGGUGUGUCUGCUUGGUACCCAUUAGAUAAAUCUUCCUUUGUCACCCGUCACUGCAUUACGCCCUUUCCAGCCAUCUCUCCAUAGCACCCAUCCUGGCUCUUCCAUCCAUCCAUCCUCACUUGACAUCCAUUACUGCACCUCAUCCAUCUCCCCUUGGCAUCUAUUACAGUGUAUUCGCCUGUCUUCCUGGCAACUGUUCCCUCUCUGUACCUUGCUCUAGGUCCAUGUCCUGAUAUCCCAGCUCUCUCGCUGGUUUACCUGCUGAUAGCUGGCUGGGAAUGAAUUGUCAUUCAUCUAGAGCAGGUUGAACCUUAUCUGCUGGAUAGAGUGAUGAGAAUCUGGGUCCCAGAACAUAUUAUUAGCUCUCUGUCUACCUGUUCCAGGCUCAGAUGGCUGACAUGGAGCAGACGCACUCACAGAGCCUGAUGGAGACGGCAGCACGCCACCGACAGGAGUUGCAGAUGGAGAUAGAAAGACUGCGCAGUGCCCAGAUUCAGGCAGAGCGCACAUUGGACGCACGAGAGAGAGCUCACCGGCAGCGAAUCAAAGGGCUGGAAGAGCAGGUCGGUGCUUUAAUGGCUCCCAGCAGAAUUAAUCAUGAGUUUAUUCACUAAACAGUAAAUCAAGAGGAAUUGAAAAACUGAUUUCAAAAUUUAGGGAAAAUAGUGGAUUUGGAAAAAUUCUCCAUCUAAAGUAGCACCUUGAAUGUUUUAGCCAUGAUUUCACAAUGUGCAGCUUAUUCUCCAUAGUCUGAAUCCUUUCCCGAAUAACAAACCUUGAUGGACAGAUUUUACAAAUCACCUUCUGAAUGGGCGAUACGUCACAGUGGCUGAUAUCUGGACCUGAAUGAUGGGAUAACGCUGUACUUAGCACAAUCUUACACAAUGCCCCAUAGAGGCAGUUCACUACAAUACGUAAAACUAAUGUAAAGAAAUGGGGUGAUAGGGUUAAUGAUGACUGCCCACAUGUUCCAUCAUUAACCCUCACACCACCAGCAAUAAGAGAAACUAUAUAUCUAGGUCCUUCCUUAAAGGAGCACUAUAGGGUCAGGAACACAAACAUGUAUUUCUGACCCUAUAGGGUUAAAACCACCAUCUAUCCACCCUGGUCCCCUCAUACCUCCCUAAAUAUAGUAAAAUCUUAACUUGUAUUCGAGUCUGGAGCUGCUUGCUUUGUCACGGUUUCCUUUAGACCUGCCCACUGCCUGCUAACAUCAUCAGAAGUGGUGGCCUGAUCCAAUCUCAAUGCUUGGCUGAGACUGACAAAGAGGCAGAGCCAGUACAAGUCAAACACAGCCCUGGCCAAUCAGCAUCUCUUCAUAGAGAUGAAUUGAAUCAAUGAAUCUCUAUGAGGAAAGUUCAGUGUCUGCAUGCAGAGGGUGGAGAUACUGAAUGUUUGGAUGCAUUUUAGGCAGCCAUGACCCAGGAAGGAUCUCUAGCAGCCAUCUGAGGAGUGGCCAGUGAAGUUAUCACUAGGCUGUAAUGUAAACACUGCAUUGUCUCUGAAAAGACAGUGUUUACAGCAAAAAGCCUGAAGGUAAUGAUUCUAUUCACCAGAACAAAUUCAAUAAGCUGUAGUUGUUCUGGUGACUAUAGUGUCCCUUUAAUAAAAUAAAGCAAAUUGGGCCCCCAAUAUCCUAUUAAGUUAUUUUAGUUUAAAAAUUUGCCUGCUGGCUGCCUGUACUUCCAGUGCCUAAAUGUUGAAUUCUGUGUUUGAUAAAUAUUUCAAAUUUAAAUUUCCCAAGUGAAAAUCGCUAAUGUUAACACAUAAUAAACGUUAAUUCAGUGUAAAUUAGCACUGCUGGAUGUGUUAUUAGUAAAUAUGGAAAUCAUGGAUCCAGUGGUUUUGACUGAAUUUUUCUGAUCUGAGCUUCAUUCAAAAGUUAGUGAAUAAACUAUGAAGGUUGAGGUUCACUGAUUGUAUAACCUGCUGUGCAGCACUCGCUAUGCUCUUAACAGAGGGUUAACUCUAACAACGGCUUCUAAGGUAAAACUUUGUUUUAUAAUCACUAAAGUGAGAAUUCAGAGUGAACUUUUCAUAUUUAAGGCAAAAGUACGCGAACUUGAAUCAUCAAUGACUUAUUUUUUCAGUUUGGCUACUUUGGCCUCAAACUUUGAAAUUCACAUUGAAUUUCUUGCUUUAGUGAAUAACUCUUUAGAAUUGAUAAGGAAACUGCACAUUUUUUUAGUGGGAGAAUUACUCCAAUUUAUCCCCUGAUUAAUUUUCCAGAAUUCUCUCUUUUAAUGAAUAAAGCAGUCUGCCUAUUGUAUUCUGUUUGUUGGUUCUACAGCCGAUAGAUUUAUUUCUUCCUUUCCCACAGAUUUCUACCCUGAAGGACCAAUUGCAGCAGGAGCUCCGGCGCGGGCAGAACCUUUAUUCCCAGCAACCCCUGCUCUCAGGAAAAUAACCGUGUGCAGGCCUGGUCCUUCCUCUGUGCGUUUUUAUUUUAUAAUCAUAUAUUGGUUUAAAUCACUUGACUGCAGCCCUGAGCCAGGAGGACCAAUCCGUCCAAACCUCAAGCUGUGUGCGUCUCCCACAUUCCAGGACCAAAUGUCUCCAGUAAUAUGGGGACUGCUUCGUGACUUUCACACUUGCCUAGAGAACAAAAAUUAAGCUUUAUUUGCGUUUUUUGAAUUCACAGUAUUUUUGUAUAUAUGGAAAGCACACUUUAUGUAAUUUGUACACUGUGAGAUAACGUUCCAAACACUGACCAGCAUUCCAUGGGGGUCCCAGAACCCCACUGUUUGGGGGGAGGAAUUCAACCACAGCACAGUAGUGUCUAUUUUGAUAUAAGACUUUCUAGGAAGCAACGGGUUACAGUCCCCCCGUUUGGUAUUAAGGAGACAUUCAUACUUCAAUUUAAAAUCACGGCAUUAAAGGGCAGAUUUCGAGAAGUUGAAAUAAAUAUGUGACAGUUUCCAAACUUGCCGCCGUUGCUCUAGGACAGCAGUUCAUUGCUACCCACUGACCUUGUCCUGGACUUUGCACACAUAUUAAAUAGCUGCUGAUGUGCCAUUUUUUAAGAACUGCUUCAAUUUCUUUAAAUGAUGCAAGUAAAUGUUUCUCCUACCUCUUACCGCUCUUAUUACCUAUGAUUCCCAGAGCAGUAAUGGGCAGGUUUAGCAACGUUUACAUAGAUAUCACACUUUUUAUUACUAAACUAUUCAGUCAGAACUACAGAUAGGAUACAGGGAUGUAAUUUAAUCAUGGUGACAUAAAACACGUUUAGUUCCAGGCGUUUUAGGUGAUAUUCAGUGUUAAUAUCAGAUCAUCCACCUUUAACUGACCCCAGGUCUUGCUGCCCUAAUGAUACGGCAAUAUCAUUACAUCUAUCAAAGGUUUAAAAACAUUCGCUAGUUUAACUCACAUUGAAGAAACCUAUUCACUAAACAGCGAAGUGUAGCAAUUCAAAAACUGAAAAUUAAAGAAUUCACAUUAUAAACUAUAAUCACAGCUUUCCCUUCUCUACCAUUUGCUGUUCAGUGAACAAUCCCUAAACUGUGUAAAUCAUUCUAUCCCUGAGAGCCCCCCCAUGCUGCGUUCCAUCUCAGCUUUCAUAUCACUUUUUUAAUCAUGUUCUAUGUGUCAGAACUGCUUUUAUACACUGUAUUUUAUAUAUUUUAUAACGGAUUUGUCCUCUGUCUAAUCUCCACUGCAGAUGCCACAAUGCCAGGGCUGUGCCUUGCACAAUCUAUAUAAUCUAAGUAACAGGGCUUACAAUUUCAAGUCCUAUGCCAAUAGCCAGGCCUUAAAAUGUACUCACCACAGCAAGUCUGGAAUGUCCAUGGCAUGUUUACCUGGGGUGACGUUUCACUCACCAAUGGCUACUUAAAAUUUGGAGCCCUGAUACACUACAGCACAAUACGUGCAUACGGAAGCAGCCUUAUCAUUUCCAUGCACUACCUCAAGUGACCACUAGAUGGAACCCUUACUAGUAGCAGUGAAUUUAGCAGCAUUGCUACUUCCUUGUGGAUGGCUAUGGCAGUGCUGUGUCAUACAUGAAAAGAGAUGCCCUUUCACUUUAUAUAUAGUAUUUAUAGGAGUGGAAUCAAUCACGUUGGUACCUUUUAAGAGUCCUCUCUGACUGGUCACAAAUUAUUCGGUAUAUGAAUUCCACACACUGUAUGGGCAGCAGUUUUCUUGUACUGCCCAACAUUUUACUGAAACAAUACAUAGGAAAGCAUAGACCCUGAACAAAUGUGCUAAUUAAGAACUUCUAGACGGUUACAUUGUUCACAAAGUGCUCGCGUGCCAUAUAGGUUUCUGCCAGAUCUAAAGUUAGGGAAUCCCAAGUGAUUGGGGCUUUACAUUUAUUUUAUUACGAAUAGACUCUCUGGCGUGUUAACUCUUUCAUUGCCUUUCUAAUAAAACAUGUGGGCCAGUUCCUGGCAAUGAGAGAGUUAUAAUCUGGUUUUUUUGCGGCUGUUUACGCCGCAGGCGGUGGAGUGAUGGCUUCCAGCUCUGUAUUGUAUCUCCAGCAGUGGGAGAUGUCUCGCUAUGUCUUGUCUUUGCCAGGUUUUGAUUACCAGUGAUUUCAAGGACAAAUCAACAUUAAACAACUGAAAAAAAAACACUAAACAAUGUCUUGAAUCCAUUAAUUAUCUCACCGCCUCCCACGCGUGGACACAUUAUCCUGAGCCUACAAACGCCAAGGAGAUAAUGGCAGCUAGUGAGAAAGGCUUGGUGCAUAAUCUCCGCUCUCUGGAAAGAUUACCGGUCUUUGCUCAGUCUGUUACAUGUAAUACUUGCUUUAAUAAGUACUAUUUUAUUUGAUAGGGCGACAAGGGCAAAUCUCGCAAUGUCUCUGCAUGCUACUAUUCAGAGCAGCUUUCCAGCUCCUAUAAUCCUCAUCCAGCUAAGGAUGGUUAGAGCUGCAAUGUCCAUUGUGUCUUCCUGGACAUGUGGUUUGCUCUUGGUCAGGAAAUGAAAAGUUCUGCCUUCUACUAUGUAGGAUUCAUAGGUUGCAGGAAGGAAUCUGAUUUUUAAAAAAAAAGGAGCUGCCUUAAAGGACAACUGUCUUAUAUAUAUUUUCAGUUCUUGUUUUAAAAAAAGUUUAUUACAUUUAAUGAAACUUAAAGGAACACUAUAGUCACCUAAACAACUUUAGCUUAAUGAAGCAGUUUUAGUGUAUAGAUUAUACCUCUCAGGUUUUACGGCUCAAUUCUCUGCCAUUUAGGAGUUAAAUCACUUUUUUUUUCUGUUUAUGCAGCCCUUGUCACACCUCCCCGGGCUCUGAUUGACAGAGCCUGCAUGAAAAAACUGGUUUCACUUUCAAUCAGAUGUAAUUUACCUUAAACAAUUUUAUCUCUUGCUCUGUAAAUUGAACUUUAAUCACAUACAGGAGGUUCUUGCAGGGUCUAGCAAGCUAUUAACAUAGCAUGUGAUAAGAAAAUCUAAAUUAAACACAACUUGCAAUAAAGGAAAGAUAAACAUUAGAUGACUCUUUACAGGAAGUGUUUAGGAAGGCUGUGCAAGUCACAUGCAGGGAGGUGUGACUAUGGUUCAUAAACAAAGGGAUUUAACUCCUAGAUGGCAGAGAAUUGAGCAGUGAGGCUGCAGGGGCAUGUUCUAUACACCAAAUCUGCUUCAUUAAGCUAAAGUUGUUUUGGUGACUAUAGUGUCCCUUUAAUUUUAAUAUUUUUUUUUAAUUAUGUUUAUUAAUUUAUUUUUUUAAUCUGACUGAGCAGCCAUGGUGGGUCAGACUUUACGGUUAUCUGACCAACUGCUACUCAACCCAACCUGUCGCUGCUGUGAUUGCCUUGUGGGAACCUACAGCAGCAAGGUAGGUCAGUUAGCAGUUGGUCAGAUAACAGAGUCUGACACAAGUUAAUCUGACGUGCAGACAUGCCAAACCCUUGUUUCUGAACCAGGUGCGAUUAUGUUUGCAGUAAUGCUGAAAACUAAAAUAAUUUUCUCUUUAAAUUAUAAUUCUGUAUUGAACACAUAGAAG